AUGGCACGGUUGCAUUUCGUCACUGUUGGCUUCCCAGCAUCGCCGUACAAGAAUGAAAGUGAAAGCAAGACGAGCUAUCGCAUUAGAUUGUGCGCUAGUGUCAGCAGUUACACGUGCAGCCAUUGGAAUGACACAAAGUAUUCACGAAACAAUGCAUGCAGUGACGUGGAAGUGAUAAUAGCGCCCAGAGAGUUAGGGAAAAGUUUUGAAUCAGACAUGAUUUUCAUCUGAAUAAACGAUAUCUGAUGUUUUCCUUCAGAGGCAGAGCCGUGCACUCACUUUCUGUUUUACUGCCCCUGGUGCAUGUGCAGGACUGGCAGCUGCGGUCUGAUCUGCAGCUCUGGAGUUGACAGAAACGUAGCAGCUUGUAAGGCAAAAAAUCCCUCAAAGCUGGAACGCUGCCCACAUCUCUCACUCUCUCCCUGGUCAUCCAUCUCUCGCUCUCGCUGUGCUGUCCGUGCGUUUCGCCAACACAGAACGCGUGAGUGCUUGCAGUACAAAUCCAUGCACACACAGCCGUGUCAUACCUUCAGGAGGGUUAUUUGCCUGAGAGUCUCACAGGGUUGAAUCCCACGGUGCAGCACAUUAGUGUGAAGAAAACAUCACAUUACAGACAAGCUUUGGGGCAUUUUUUGAUUUUUUUUUUUAAAGCCACACAUAGUUGAUUUAAUCAUGCUUUGAUAAAAAAUGGACUGCCAAUGUCAGUUUGUUUUUUAAGCAGCUGAGUAAAGGCAUUUCUUUGGAAAAGCAGGCAAGAUUAAGCUUUGCGUUGGCAAGCAUCCACUCUAUUGAAGUGUCCUUGAGAUAAUGAAUCCUCCCUCAUCAGCUCCAGAGAACCCCAGCUGACCCAGACCCACGACACUGAGGACAAAAAGAGAUUUUCAAAUGCAUCUCAUCUGUAUUAGCACAGGUCCCUUUUUUGGCCCCCAGGGUCCCAAUAUGAUGAAUAAGACUUGACCCGUAAUUUGAAAUCAGAACCUUAUUUCAAAACCAUGUCCAGAAGGUAUUUUAGCAUGCUGCUCUUAAUCAGUGCACUCAGCGAGGGAUUUAUUCGCCUGUAGAGGUACAGCAGCCACAGACGCGGCUGUAGUCCUGCAAAAAUAGAGUAAAAGAAGGCCUGGAAUUGACAAAGCCUCAGGUAAGGUAACUUACUAUUUCUUGGAUUAGAUUUAAUCACAUUUUUAGGAAUGGCAUUAAUGGGGAAAUACAAACAGGGACGCAAGAAGAGACAGAGGACAAAAGGCAAGGAAAGAAAGAUAACAUGACAAAAGAAACAAAAGACAGAAAUGAGCACAAACACAAAAAAGAGAAGCAAAACUACUACAUAAGAAAAGACCACAAAGAAAAACAAAGAUAAGACUCACACAGAGAUUCAACAAUGAUGCAAGAUGACAAGAGAAACCCAAAACAAAGAACAUUUGAAAAGCAACUACAAAUGUUAAGGAAAUGAACCCAAAAUACAAAAUCUGAUUCAUCUGUUGGCUGAAUAGUCAGACUGAUUAAUGGCACUUUGCCAAAAUCUGCAUCACAUUGGCCUCUUACAAGGCCAAUAUCACCAUCUUCUUUUCUAAAUGUUCACAUAUCUUUUCCAUCACCUGUUAACCGCAUAUUGAAUCCAGAACAGCCACUGACUUGUGUUUUAUAUGGUAUUGAGUGCAGCAUCAGUCAUGAUCUGCAGUCCGUAGCAGAACUCUAUAUCUGUGUCUUUUAAUUAAGUGAUAUGAAAUUCAUCUAAAAGAUGUAACUGGCUAAGACAAGCAUGUAUUUUAGAUUUUAAUGUUUAUGAAACAAGGAAUUCUUACAUGACUUUCCUUCUUUUAAUUUUCUAAUGUCAAUAUUUAUCACAUUUUAUUUUUCUUUCUGAGCCAUUCCCAAUUGCAAGUCUCUUGAAGCAAUAAUUAACUGAGCCAAAUAUUUUCCUGUCUAUUAGAUGAAAUAUUCAAUUUUGUUUUUUAUUUGUUAGUAUUAUCAAAAUACCAACUCAUUGUGUUUUUGGUGUGAUAUCUGUGUUAUAUAUCGGACAUGGGCCAAGCUGCUCUCUCAUAAUCUGUAUGAGCAUCCUGCACUCUAAGACUGUAACCAGUCGACCAUGAGCAUUUACGAGUUACAUUAUUGAUGGACUUGCCUGUCUUUGUAUCUGGAAUCCUCAGAUAUCCCAACUGAGCACAAAGGCUCGGUCUCAACCUGGCUGAACCCUGGCCUGAAGUUUUCUGCUGCCUCUAGUUCGAGUGCUUCUCAUCGUCUUGAUUCCCUGUUCAGUGGUCCACUCAAAGAACUCAAAGAGCACAUUUCAGGACUGUUAAGGUUGUGGUCUCUGCACUCUCAUCCUGCCUCAGCUCUUCAAGGAGAGGCAAGGCCUCAACCGCCUUCUCCAGCAGUGCCCUCUAGUUUGUUGUCAGUGGAGCUGUGAGUAUUCUGUUGGAUGUUUGGUUUUUGGAUGUUUUUUCAAAUUGGUAGUAUUGACCGCAGCUCUACCCUACCUAACACAGUUAUUGUGUUGCAUUUGUUGAAAGGAGCAGUUGGACUGUUUUUUUUUUCUUUCUGGUUUAAAAUAUUUCCACACUGUGAACAUGUUAGCCAUGAGAUUGCUAAUACUACGAAACUCACAUGGUUUCAUCAUUUUAAAAACUGUUACCGGUUUUCAACAACUGACCUGAAUAAACAGGGUGAACUGAUUGGCUUACAUUCUGAUCCCUGACCAAUUAAAAUAGACCCAGUUUGAUUCAGAUCUGACUUUGGGUCGGGAUCAAAACAACUCUAGUUGCACCGAAUCACAGUUGGUCUGUGUUACUUUCAGACCGCCCCUAUAUGGUUCAGACCAAGUGAUCUACAGACCAAUGUUGUGAGAGGGGUGAAAAAAAAUGUUCUUAAAUUUUUUAAUGUGAAUGGAUGAAUUGGGAAUUAAAUUUUCCUUAAAAUACUUGGAAAAAAUGUUGCUAGGGGAGAUCUCUGGAGUGGAACUUUAACUACAAAAAAAGAAUAUCAAUAAUGGGUAUUUAGACUGCUUUAGCCUGCCUACUCUUGUUCACCCAUCCAAAAGAAAAAAGAAAAAAAACCUUUUGCAACUUCUCUCUACUCAAGCUUCUCUUUUUUAUGCUGUCAUUAACCAGUGAACCACUGUCACCGGUGCCUGCUCUGUUCAUCUAAUGGAGCUUUGCUGCUGCUCACCCUGCCUUGGCUUUUUAUGUUAACACAUAGGGCUCUAUUUUCGUGCCUCGCCGGAGACGUGCUGCAGGCGAGGUGUAGGUCAGGUCCGCCGCGCCGACAGGGCGUUCCCAAGCACAAUUUGGUAUUUUAGUGAGUGGCGCAGCCCGGCGUAAGUAUCCCCCCUCCCUACCUCAGCUCCUCCCAGCGGCAUAAGUCGUUGCGAGGGAGGAGAGAGGGCGUGGAGUGGGUUUAGCAAAGCUGAAACCUGUUUUCACCAAUCACAUAAGCACUGGCACUCUACAUAGGCAUUCGAAGGGCAUGGUUCCUCCCAGAGCAGAGCCAUAAGACCAAAUAUAACUAUUGUGUGAAAUUAUUACUUCUCUUUGCUAAAAAGGGUUUCUAACUGACCCUCACAAAGACAAAAACCUUUUCAAGAAGUUCAAAUAAAACCAUAAAAAGCUUAGAAACAAUGAUAAAUUAUGCAAGCGGACUACUUAUAAAUCAUGUUAAAAGCCAAAAAUGAACCAAAGAAAACAAAAAACAAGAAGAAAAGAGUCUAGAAAAAGAUUAAUGAUAAAUAAUGCAUCCAUAAUUUUGAAUCUGUUGAAUUCUUUGUGUCUUGCUCAUACACAGUGAGGCAGCCUAUUACUCCUCUCUGCCCAGGAGGCAGUUGUUUCAUAAUCCGUCUAUGACUAUGAAUGCAUGCAUUCGUGAACACUGUACCUUACAUUCACGUGUCAGGCUACUCUCUUUGAAGUGUUUGAAAGGCAGAUGACAGAUGAGUGCAUUUUCAUAAUAUCGUCAUCAUCCAUUCAGCCUAAUUUAUGCUUUCCUCCUCUUCUCUCCAUUUCUCUUUGUCACCAACUUUUCAUUCCUGAGUGCAUUUAGCCAGGAGGCAGUUUACGCUUCUUCCCUCCACAUGUCCUUUCUGACACUCUGUCCAUCUUAAGUGUUCACCACUAGAUCUCUCUUCCUUAUCUUUUACUUCUUCUUGUGCUCAAGUUAUUGUUCUAAAGUUUAUUUGCAGCAUCUCUACUAAAACACACCAGCACAGGAUUGGAUUGGAGCCUGAUUUCAUGGAUGGAGGGGACAUUUUCACCGCUCUGACAUUGAUCGUCUUCAGGAUUUGACGGCCUGACAUGAGUUCUGAUAGUGGCUGUUAAAGGUUACAGAUGUAACAGGCGAAAGUUAGGUUGUAAAAUCUGAUUGUUCAAAGAAACGCAUAAAAGCAGCCCUCAGAGCAGGACUCUUUCACCCAUCUCUUAAUCUGCUUCUCCUCCUGUCUUUCUCUCUUUCUUUUUCAUCCUUUCUCCGCAUCUUUACCCUCCCUUCCUCCCUCCGCUCUCCAACUUUCCUCUCCCUCUGCUCCCUGCAAUCCCUCCUCCCCCUCCUCCUUCUUCUCCUCCUCCUCCUCCCGUCAAACAUCACACAAUCCCCUCCUAUCCCAAUCCAGUGCACCCUCCCUCCCUCCCUCUUCCUUUAUCUCUCCCUCCCUCUCUCUUUCUCCCCUUCAUCUCACCUCCAGCCAGCGAGAGCUCCCUCCUCCUCCUCCUCCUCCUUCGAAACAGCCCGCCUGAUCCCAUCCACUUUCUCUCUCUCUCUCAUUCUUUACCUCUCACUCUCUCUGCUGUCUUGUCUUUUAUCUCUCUCUUUCCUUCUCUUUCUGUCUCUUUCUCUCUUUCCUAUCCUCCACUUUUUCUCCAGCAGGCAGACGCUCGCGAGCAUCGCUGUUCCCUCCAACCUCUGAGGAUCCAGAAGCACUCGGGACGAAGACUGUCACUGGAGGUAAGUGUCCACAGUAUGACAGAGUGCGUGUGAACAUGUACCUGCAUCCUCUUCUUUUAAAAGCAGUUAAAACGAGUGGAAAAAAAGAAGACAUUAAAGGAAGAGACACAUUGAUGUAGCAGAGAAAAAACAGCUGUUCUGCAGUAUUUGGAUAGUGACGUGACUGGAGAGUAAAAAGAUGUGAAAGCGGCAAACUGCACCGGAUAAGGAUGCCAGUUACAAUGAUGUAGCUAGUGUCAUGGGAAAGUUGAAGGGAAGCAAGAAAAAAGAAGGGAUGGAGCAGCCUGAAUUGUCUGCUGCAUUAAAAAAAGAGUGAGAGAGAGAGUUCAAGGAGAUGGAAAGCAAAGCAAGAAGGAAAUAGGGACUUGAGAGUCAACAAUCCAAAACAUGAAAAAUAAAUUAGAGAACAGCUAGAGGAGAGAAAGCAACAGAAAUAUUUAAAACGAGAGAGAGAGAGGGAUGGAGAUGUCUCCCUGGUGAAGCAGCUUGCAUGCUUACAAAUGCAGCGGUCCCUUCCUCCUCCUUCUUCGCUCCCGUAAAAAAUCCCAUUCACAAACAGGACCUGAAAACAGGAGAUGGUGAUUGGUUCCCCGAGCGCUGUGUGCGUGCUUCUACUUUAUUGUGUGUAUGUGUGUGAAAGAGAGGAAAAGACAGAGCGAGACAGAUUGGGGAGGGAGAGAGAAAACCCAUUAUGGUCCUGUGCAGGUGAUGCUGAGGCUUGAAUGAAACUGCAGGGCAGACGCCUGUACAUUAUCCAUAUUACGCAGUCCAUUCUAGAUUGAAAUGUAGAGACUGAGUAUGAUGGAUGAAGGUGCUGCAUUUAAAUUUGUGAAUCUGUUUUGUCAUUGGCAUGACCUAUUGUUACAACAGCAGACAGAUGUGCGGACACCACACCACACCACCCUCAAACUCUUUUUUUUUUCACCCUCAACUCUUUUGCCUUCAUUGCGUCAUUCUUACUGCUGUUCCAGACUGCCGCUGUCACUGUCACAAUCCCGCUGCCACCGCAACCCGCCCAGAUUAACAGCUGUCCAAAACGGUGAUGCUCUCCUGGCUCGCCCGUGCCGUCCAAUUAGAAAGUGACAUUUGUUUGGGAAGGGAGGGAGAGAGGGAGAAAGGGAGGGAGGAAGGGAGCAGCUCUGGCUUAAGAAUCGGAGGGCAGGGAGUUGAUGAAAAGGGAGGAGAGAUAGAGGUAUGCAAGGCAGGAAGGUGAGAAGGAGAUAAGGUUACAUCUUACCUGCUUAAAUCCAAGUGUUAGAGGAAGAUUGAUGAAAUUUGACUCUGAUUAAAACCACAUAGAAGUCAAGCUGUUGGAAUAUUCAAUUCAGAACUGAAAAUGAUGAAUCAAAUAACUGCCAUUGCUAUCCCCACACCCAUGCACCUUACACCACCCUUUUUAAGAGCAUACCCUGAUGGACCGGAUUAAACAAUCAAUAAAAUAAAUUACAUGGUGGUACUUCUCCUGAGGACAAAAGACCAUAUAUGGCAGAUUAAAUCCAGGUUAAGAAUAUGUUUUUUAAGCUUUAUUGUGAACUAAAUUAAGAAGUGCAGAUUUUUAAAACAAGAUAUUUCACUCCUUUGGUACCUCUGCAGAAAUUACACGGUCGCCAAGGAUUUUGAAUCUGGGUUUACGGAGCCAAACCUGUCUGUGUGACCUUGCACAAAUUGGCUUUGUGGGUCAAGGUUAUAGCUCUGAGCCAAUUCAAUUAAUGACUUAAGAAUGAAUAAUGCAAUUUUGAUCUGAAUCAACGAACGAAUGCAAGUCUGAAAAAUCAACACUGGUUGAAUGAUUUCAUGCUCAAUGGCAGAAAGAAAUGCGGACGUUCAUUUAAAGGACCAUGCCCACAGUACAGAAUAAAAAAAGUUUAAUUGAAAUCUGUUAAAAACCCAGGUGAGAUGGGAUGAGUCGGGAUUGAGGUGGGAAGGGAAGACUGGUCAAGAAUUUCCCAUUUGUUCCUGUGUUUAGGAGAUGGGAUAGGAAAGGGGGGAGGAAAGUGAUUGAGUGGAGGUCUUAAGAGCUGAGACAAACCGGUAAGAAAGGAUUAGGCUUAUGCACAUGCACACGAGCAAUGGUGCGAGGGAACAAGUUAAAUAGAUUCAGGCGUUUUAUUUGGUGUCAGAGGUGUGGUCCUGUUCUUGAAUUUAUGUUACAGGAACUUCAUUAAAAGUAAGGAGACAGUACUCCGCACAUUAAUUGCAAACUGAAAGGCUGUGGUUGCAAAGGUAAAGCAGGAGAAUGUGUCCUUUGGCAAGACACCAAACCACAAAUUGCUCUCAAAGGCAUCACUGUCAGUAUGUGUUUGAAUAUGAAUGCAUCUGGAUGGGCAAUUCCACACUUUUCAUGAGUCUCUUACCUCAUUGCAGAAAUUUGUGUCUGAAUGGUUGAAUGUAUGUAAAGAGUUUGCUGAGGUGGAAAAAAAAAAUAGAAGGGCUCUUUGUACUUGCUGUCCAUUUUCCAUUACCCUUUGUGAAUCAGAGUGAUCCCACAUGUCUGGAGGAUGACUUUGUAUUGUGAGGCAUAAAACCAGCUUGUCAGGCUGCGUGAGGAAAAUAUAAUUAUGUCAAUCUCAUCCUCAUUAAGCUGGCGAAUUAACACGAUAUCCAACACUUAAAGUCCUCAGAGCAGUCCUUUAGGGCAACCACAUUACAAGAAUCAGUGGUGUUGAAACAAAGUUAUACUUGUAUAUUGUCAGCAUGUGCAGCAAAUGAAUAUUGACCAUAAUUAGAGAAAAGAGUGAGUCUGUAUGGUCUAUUCUACAUACAACUCUUACACCCCUAAAGCAGUCCCAUAGAGCAACCAAGCUUUAACGACCUUUUGGGGUUUCAUGGACAAAUAAAUUGUCUACCAUCUGCUUAUAUAAAAAACAUUAUAGUGACCAGGGGCAGGCACAAAUAAGUAAUGUUUAGGAAAAUAGGGUUAUAUAACUUGGAAGACAGAAUAGGAGAAAGAGAGAGAAAGAGAGUCAGGGGGAAGCGAGAAAUAUGGUUUGUCCAACUGUAAGGGAGAGCACAAAGGAGUAUUCAGUGUUCUUCUGAGGCAUGACGCCAAGUUGUCAGGCUGUCAUAGUAAAAAUAUGAUUAUGUCCAUUUCGUCUCCAUUGUGCCAGAGGAUCUAAACAAUAUCCAGGACUCAAAACCCUAAGAGUUGUCCUUCAGAGCAGUCACAUUGCAAGAAUCGGUAUGGAUGAUGAUAUUCAUGUAUGUCAUCUGCAUAUAACAAAAUACUGACUGGGGGAAGCUGCAUAUACGCAGAGUGAAGAGGAGGGUUUGUCAGAGAUAUCUAAUGAAAGCCUGAAAAGAGGGUAAGAGGGUAAAAUAUCCUUGGAGACAGAAUUAGGCAGAGGAGUUGAAAGGAGGCAAGAAUUUUAGUUGGUCUCACUGGGCAUGGGAGCAUGCACAGAUGUUAAAAUACCAGGAGCCCGGCUUGGUAAUGUAAGGCUUGACGCCAAGUUGUCAGACUAUGUGAGAAAAAUUUAAUUGUUAACUUUAUCCUGAUUUAAUUGGAGAAUGUAUCUGGCAUCCAAUAAUUAUCCUCAACAGUCUUUUGAGGCAGCCAAAUAAAAAAAAAAACUCUUGGAUUUACAGAGAUAUAAAAGUUUAUCGUCUGCAUAGAGACAUAAUGUCACAAUGACUAAGGGUAAGCAUUGUAGUACGGAAAGAAAGAGUUUGUCACCAAUUUUAAUGCAUAUACCGUAAUUUAUGACCAUAUUUCAACAGAAUACAUUCCUAAGAUUCAAGAUAAACGAUAAACAUAUUCUUACAUUAACAUUUAUCAUAGGCAACUAAAUUUGAGGAAAUAACCUGUUAGCUCAGCAAGCACAUUGUCAUAUGGCUCCCUCUGAAUCCACAGUAAAAGCUCAAUUUUUCUAACAUACUAGAGGUACAUUUAUGGACUGAGAUAUGGCAGAGGAGUACCGCAGGCACAUUAUAUAUCACAGAGAUUCCCAUAGGAAUGAAAGGAUAUCUGACUCGCCUCCAUGCUCACGCUGAAGUGGAAAUGAGGCGUGUACAUUCUAAUAGCAUUCCUUCUGAGCAGUCAAGCAACACAAAUUAAUAGGGUUAAUAGGAAGAAAUAACUAUGUAUCAUCUGCGUAUCGAAAAGAAACGUAACUACCAAAGUAAGGCAGCAAAGAAAGAGAGGAGUAAAUGGUCUCUGGAGGAAAAUUUGAAAGGUAAUUUGGAAAAGAGGGCGGAGCAUCCUGAAGACAAAGGGGGGUUUAAAGAGAGGGAGGAUUUUUUGCAAGCCUCACUUUUAAGGAGUGCACAGAUGUAAGUAGCCAGUAUUAUUAGGAUCAACCUAUUCCAUUAUAGCUUUUAUGAAACCGUCUACACACCUUUCUCGACCUAUUUUGCCGCCCCCUGCACUCACUUUCAACCCUUGUAACCUCACAUAACACAUCCCCAUAAACUUUAUUACAACCUCUUCUUUUGAUAUAAAAGUCAGCCAUGAUACAUGGUAGCAUAUCUUUUCUUGAUUUCAUGGGAUUUCAGCGGUUUAAUGAGCAAGGGGCUCUGUGGAGUGUGAAAUACCCAGGUGUGAUUGAAUGCUCUUUGGGGACAAGACCUCACAGUAAGGCUAGGAACGCUUGUGCAUGUGGGAGGGAGACGAUUGGAUAUGUGUAUCUGAGAAUUGUAUGUGGUGGUAAUGAAAGACAAGGAGAAGGACAGAGGUGUGGAUGAGCGAAUGUGAUAAGGACAAAGGGAGAAAGGAGAGAGAGUGAAUGUGUGUGGGGGGGCUUAAGUGUUUGGGCAAGCAUUGGAAACAAGUGUAGGAGAAUUUCAGUCUAGUGUUUAAGUCAUGGGGACGGUGACAAGUGGACAAGAAAAUUGUACAAUUUGGUGCAAGUACCGAAGCAUGGUCCAACUAAAUACUUGUUUGUAUUGAACAUUUGUGGUUUCGGUUGUCGUAGUAAUUACUCAGAUAUCGUGCAGGAGGGACGUCAAGUGCCUCUAAAUGGUGGUUUUAGGUGGCUCUUCUCGCCUUUUAGUUUAGAUAUGUGUAUCUGUGUGCGUGCCUCACAGCCGUCACACUUCAUAGAUCCAAACUCAUUCUUUUCCACACUGACACAUUAUCCACUCCUGUUUACCCAUGUUGUGUUUUGUUCAGAGGCAGCCCGCCAACACUGUUGCCAACACAUCUGCUGGACUCAAUGGGUGUCUUCAUUUGAAAACUGCAAAACAAAAUGAGAAAUUCUCCAUUUGGAAAAGCUGACUCAUGUUUCUGAGAUGGGAUGCAAACAUUCAGCAACAAAAGCAUAAUAUGAUGGGCAUUUUAUGUGUUGAUUCUCAGUAAUGGUUUAGUCUUCACUCUGGUUAUAUCAUAUUCAGUUAUAUUUCCAAUCCGUCUAAGUAUAUGGGAAAAUAUAGAGUAGACUCUUUUCUGUUUUCUUCUACAUUAUGGCUAUAGCCCAUUAUGGAGUUACUGAACCAGAGAACUUUGGAUCAAUUGUUUAUACAAUUGUCCUUGUACUUCAUAAAUAGCAUCAACGGGGGAUGCUGGCUUGUUAUUACUAUCUACCAAAAUAUUAUCCAAACUGGUAAAGUCAUUCAAGACAAAACUAGUUUACUUUAAUAGUAAAAUAUCAACUGGUUCAAUCAUUGAAACUGUCCAGUGGUGCCUGUUUUAAGUUAGCUCAAAUUGACUUGUUGGCCAAUGCAACAGAUGCUAAGCUGAUGGUGGGUAGCCAUUAGCAUGGCAAAGUAGUGACCACUUGUAAUGGCGAAAAUUGUUGAGAAGACAGUUUCUGACAAAAAUUGGUCUGAAAAGUUGUUCUGUGCAACAGCUUAUUACAACAGUUUAAGUUUUUGGCAGCGACCUCUUGUGGCUGGAGUAACUGUGACAAGAGGAAACUGGCAAUGUGGUUCAAAGAGCAAAGAAAGUGUUGACAGAUUGGUUAUUUAGUCUGAUGGAUGGGACACAAAAACAAUAGUUUAACUCAGGACUCUUGCUUGGAACCAACGUCACUGCUGACCUCAUUAAGCUAAGUCUGUAACUGCUUUGACUAAAUGUACAGACCUGAGUCCUUUGCGGUUUAUUAUGUAUUGUUGGGGUGCCUUUGCUUUGUAUUGCCAGUUGCCCUCUGGCUGCCUUUUUUCCCUCUUUGUUGAGCAGCGAUUUGAUUGUGGAUGUGAGUGAGUAAAAUGGAAGCCUGCCAGUGGGUGGACUGGGUAAGGAAAGUUCUUUUUAGUGGGAUGAUGGAAGGGUGAGUGUUUGCGGGGGCUUGUUCUUGUAGUUGUAAGAGUAUGGGGGAGAGUCUGUUGAUAGUGAGCAGUCAGAGAAGUGGAUACUUCUAAACAAAUAUCAAUAGAAAAAUUUACACUUGGAAAAUGGGAACACGUUUUUCAUCUCUUUUGAUAUUUUGACCUUCAACUUUUUAAUAUUUUGUGCUGUCAUCAUCUGUUUCCCCUCGAAUGGUGACUUUGGACUCUCUACUCUGUAUUAUUGCGCCAUUGUUCAAAUCUGCCAUCAGCGUUAAUCUUUGUCCCAUUAGUUUUUUCCUCUCAUCCCCCUCCACCUGUGCACUGAUUUGUAACUGUUAGAUAAGUUGUGACUGCUGAGCAUAUGGUCACCUCAUCACUGUGGUUUCUUCACCACUUAAGAGGUUGUCUGGAUAAUUAAAAACACAGUUAUCAUCCAAGUCACAGAAGUCGCUUAGAGAUAAUUUGCACUUGUGCUGAUUUUGUCACGAACAGCACAAUUAACCCUGUGUUCUGGGCUCUAGUUAAAAGACAUUAAUUAAAGCAAAGAUUUAGAUAAAAAGAGUGAAGGAGGAUUUUUUCUUAAUUAUAUUGCUGAGGUGACUGGUUUAUAAUUAUUGGUCUGUUAUCAUUACUGUGCUGUCUUUGUUGAUAUCACACAUUUUAACCAUUGUAUUAGCACUGUAGGAAUAAACUGUUUGGUGUGUUACUUUUGGUGCCCUUUUACCCUUUAUUCAUCUCUCUUUUUCAAUCUCUAUUCAUCUCAUGGCCCGGCCACUCACAGCAGAUUGGCUAUUCACCAGGUGUCUGACUCUGCUCAAGGUUUCUGCCAGUAAAAAGAAAGUUUUCCAUGCCAGUGCUGCCAAAAGCUUGUUCAUGGUGGGCCCAUAGGUCCCAACAUAGAUUAUGCAAUAUGAUGCAGUAAAAUGCAAUAGUACAUGAUACAUUGCGGUAAGAUAUGAUAGGUUACAAGAGGAUACAAUGUGUUAGGAUGCAGCUCAAUAUGAUACAAUGUGAUAUUAUACAAUAAGAUACAAUGGGGUUCAAUACAGUGUAAUACAAUGUGAUAUGAUGUGAUACUAUUGGAUGGGAUAAGAUACCAUAAAAUAAACAAUAAAUGAUACAUGAUAUAAUAUAAUGCAACAAUGUACAAUCCCAAAUUCUUUAUAUAAUGCCCACAGUAAUGAAAAUAUAUUGCUAAAACUGGCGUGUGAAUCUGUUAAAGGGGUCAUAUUAACUAUUCUGCACUCGUGAUAUAAUUGUAUCAUACAAGUCAGGAAGAGGAUAUAUUGCUAUAUCAAUAUUUUGCCUUACUAGUAGCACAUAUCAUAUCAGGGACUAAUCUUGCUCAUGAUAUGGUGCUACACAAUAAAAAAAUAUAGAUUUAUUGAUGGUUUUAGAAAAGUCGAGGGUUAGGUGACAGUCAGAAGAAUCAGAAUCACAGUUACUCCAGCCACAAUCCUUGAAGAGACACACAGCCUAUUUUAUGCUAAUACAACUAAAAGGAUUAUUUCUACCCAGGUAAACACACAGGCAAUCUCUGCACUGAUGCGGGGCACAGUUUAAAUGAACAAAUUACUCCCCUAACCUGCCACCAGCCACCCAAUCAUAUCCCUACAACACACCUUAAAGAUGCCCCUGAUAGCUUAAUAUGCGUAAACAGAAGGUUGUGAGCCGCUGACAGGUUCCUUUGAGGCAGCCAUGACAAGUCUUCAUCGCCAAGGUCAAGGACAGAUGUUGUGCGAAGCAGGCUGCAUCUGGAGAGCGCUGGAUGAUCAGUGAAAAACGUGCCUGACGCUACCAGUCUGGGGCUUAUUACCAUGUGUGUGUGUGUAUCUGCCAACAUUGUUGUAACAUUGUUUGUGUGGAUGGCAUCAGUGCUGGAGCAGGGCCAACAGAGCUGAUGAGUAAUUAUGAGCAUGAAACAACAGCUAUUUCCUCAUGAUAUUAAAGUUAAGCUAAUGAUUGAGUAAGUGAUGGAUGGUGGGUACGCAGACAGCUUGAAUUUUUAAGGUCAUGAGAAGGUGUGCACAAACACAGAAUGGUAAGAUCUCAGGUAUUAGUCUGCUCUUUGAUGGUUUCAUUGCAACAUAUGCAUAAUCUGAAAGCCUUUGAUUAAAAGGUGUUGCAGCUCAUUUUGCUCCCUCUUCUUUCAAGUUGUCUCACUGCAGCUUUUCCCAUUUCGUCGUCACACAUACCUUCAUGCGCACUAAUUAGCAACUUAACUUUUCUUAAAUGUUUCAGAAAACUGAUUCUUUUCUUCAGGGAGAACUUUGGGUCCAAAGGUUGUUGGAGCUAUUUGAAGAGGUUGGUCGCCUUUUCUAAGGACAGCGUUGACGCUGAAGUUUGAAUAUUUUUAGCCAGGUUAAAAAGUCCACUCUAACUUUAGGCUGUCGCACAGGUCAGUGCAGUGCAACAGGAGUCAGCCCACUUCCAAUUAGAAAACUCACGACCUCUUUAAUGAGAUCAUUAACAAGCUGGCGGUCAGAUGGGACGGAGAGCGAGCAAAAACGGAUUGAGACUUUUCUUAUUUUAGUGCUCGGUUCUUUUUUUUUAGAAGGGAAAAAUUAAAGAGGAUGAUGAUGUGACCUAAUUAUCAAAGCCACUUUAAGCCUCCAUCUUUGGGGAACAAAGGCCAGGUAUAUAUAGACUUGCAUGUUUUCAAAGUAGUGAAUAGCAUUGAUGCUAAGGUAACACGUUUCCUUAGCCAACAAAUGUAAACAUGCUCUAAAUAUCUGUGAUAUCUUGGCGUAUUGUGCAAAUAAUGCCACGGAAUGUUUUCAGAGGGCAAUUUAAUACCUUUAAUCUACUUGAAUAUGGCCGCAGUCCAGCAAUUAUGCACACUAAUGCAACUUUUGAUUGGCAAAAAAAUUUAGCAACUCUUAAUUUAGUAGUUGAUAACCAAACUAAAUUCUAUUUUUAAUUAAUUAUAAACAGUAGCACAGGGUUAGGGUUAUAUUUUUAAAGGAUACUGAGACAAUUCGGGGAAUAGGCUGACUUGAACAGGGGUUACAGUCUAAAGCCAGAUCUCUACAAGUUCUUUUUUAGGGGAGCAAUACCCAACAGCCACUGCUAACUACAGAUACAUGAAGGCUGAGAAGUUUUUACAGGACAGAGAACUCUUUCAGACUGGGGAGAAGCAUGCAUAUUAGAUUGAGAGUGUGUCUUCUGCUGCUCGCUAUGACUGACACUUGUAAAUGUGCUUAUUUUUCACAAUAAGAACAACUAUGGAGAAGACUAGACAUUGUGAGUCUUAAAUGUAUACAUUUCCAUUCUCAUGUGGCUGCAAAUCAACAUUUCGUAGUUUUAACUUUGCUCUGUGUGACUUUAUGCCCUCUGAGAUUAUAACUAUGAGCCUACUGUGCAUGUUGAUGUUCAGUGUGCUUGACCAUUUUUACAUCCCUAGAAGUUCUGCAGCUUUGCCCUUAUGUCACUGAGGAAAAUAUAUGAUUUAGAAAAACAUGCAUGUGAUGUUAUUGUCAAGAAAAUUUCUAUGCUUUUUUAAAACCUGUAAUCCAAAGCUGAUAGUGAACAGUAUGACGUUUGCAAUGAACUCAGCAUAGUAAUUUGUGUUUUUAAUUUUGUGGAUGUAGAAAGUCUGAAACUUUAAUUUUUGGCACAUUAACAGAGUCAACUCACCUCCUAUAAUCAAAUUCAGACUCCUAAACUGUGUUCUUCACGCUUCAGCUACAAAACUGAUAUUUCAAAAAAGUGGAGCACUGCUUUGAAUUCUGUACCUGUUCCCUGUCCCUGUUGCAAAUCUAAUAUUUUCAAAGCAGGAUUAUUCAAAGUAAUGAAAAGUUUUUUAGCUCCCAGCACAACAGAAAUGAAAAAGCAGGAAGGGAAACUAUCUUAAAGGCUCAUGGUGCCCUAUAUGCACAGAGCAGUUAUCUCGACACAGCUCCUGCUAAUGUGGAGCAGCGGACUGCCAAUGGUUAGGUGGAAUUGCAUUAUCAACCCAUGAAGUGAUCGACAGCUCAUCUCAAUAGCAGAGAUGAGGCGAGAGAAAAUGUGUAGCCUGGCAAAGCAGCAUUCAUUAAGAACAAUAUCCAUCAAUUGUUCUCUCAUGUUAUACAUUUUGAUGCAUAUCCCGCCCCUCAGGAGCAAAAAGCGGCACUGCUGCUGGGAAGUUUUCCUUCCAUUCACGGCUGCUUUCUCUUACAGUACUUCCUUCGAGUUUGACCUUCAUUUCCAAUUCCCUGACUCUACAUUUAAUUUAAUCCACAAUCCUUAUCCCAUCAUCCACACGCUCCGCCUCAAUCUCUGCAUUUUCUUUGCCCGCUUCCCUAAGUUUUCUCAACAGAAAAUAGGACCAGCCACUGCGAGAGUACCCUGAUUCAUUCAGACUAGAGUCCAACAGGGUUUUAAAAAUGUUCAAUCUGACCUGGAACUGACCUGAACCCAAAGCCAAUGUUUUAACAUUAAAGCUUUCUGCUGCUCACCCUGUUAUACACCAUCUGUCUUGUACAAAUGCCAGUGUGCAGGUUAUGCAGUGAAAGCAGAGGAAAAGUGUUCAGGCAAGAAUCGUAUUAGAAAUUCUUCAGGUGUCACACCACUGAUGCCAGUACCGCUAUCUCUUUCCUAUACUUCUUUUUUGGUUGUUUUAAUGGCAUUGUGCCUUUAUUAUUGACAGAAAAUUCUACUUUUUCUUAAACAAACACUGGCAAAAAAUACAAACACAUGCAUGAAUCAAGAGGUUAAGUUCAGGGAUCCAACCAGCUGCAGAUGUGUUGAGGAAUACUGCUUUUGUGAAUUUAGGACUUGCUGUAUCAGCCCAGUUAAAGAAGUGCUCUGACACCGCUACCUCUCAAAAUGUGGUAUUACUGAUCAUGUUACCUGUGUGCUACCAAGUAAAGUGUUUCAUUUUUAUCAUUGCAUAAAAUAGGAAACAAAACCAGUGUAAUCUUUCCCAACCAAUAGUUUGUAUGCUUUCAAUCAGGCUUUUAUCUGAGUUGUAUCCGCUAAAGCUAAAUCCUUGGUUAUGGGAUCAAUAUUAGGAGGGGAAGAGAAAGUAUUAGAAAACUUGAAUAUACUGUAUUCUGCUGAAUAACUGUGCAUGUGCUGUGACUCAGCUCCAUGAACAAGAAAGGGCAAGAACAAAAAGAAGAGUCUUCAGGACAACAAAAACUAAUGAUCCAUCCAUCUAGGGUCAAACUCUUUAAAUGUCAGGCUUUUAAUGGAACUUAAUUGCAGGCUUUUCACCUUCGUAGGCCUGGCCUGUGUUGAUUCAGGUGUGUAAUGUAAUGGCAUAAAGUUUUAAGAAGAGCCAAGGCGAUCAUGUGGGCUCAGUUGUUUGAACUUAUUUUUAAACUUGAAAACUUUCUUAAACUUGUGAAACAACUUCAGAUAUAAUCUUUAUAGUUUCAUGAUCCUAUCUUUAAAAUUAGAAACACCUUCUUCACAUUAAUGGUCAAGUAUAACCAUACUUGUUUCAGUUCGAUGGCUGUAAUGUGAAUACAGCGUUGGUUCAGAGCAUGGAUUUACAACAUGCAGACCCUGUCAAAAUGACUGUGGAGUGGAAAAAUGACACUUGUUUGAAUGAUCCCGAUCAAUAUGGAGGCAUACAGCUCUGUUCCUGUGGAACAUGGAUCAAAAUGAUUGAAGUUACAUUCCCCUGUGGGCUUCAAGCAAUAAAAUACAUUUCAAGGGCUGCUCUUACUUUGAUGUAUUCAUUUAGAAUUCCUAUCACUGAUCUGAUCAGGCAGUAUAGAUGAAAGCGAGCAGCAGAAGCAACACUUAUGACAAAGUUUAUACCAUAUUGCACCACACUCUCAAAUCAGUCAUAUCCAGGUUAAGGCAUGUGUAUGCGUUAUGAGCCUGUGGACACAUGACUCUUCUAUGCAUGCAUGUGACUCAAUUUUGCAGUUUUAUUCAGAUGUUAAGAUUUGUCUAAUAGAAAUGUGCAGGGCUAUGACUAUCUGCGUCCACUCAUUUCCUCCCCUGAAGCUAUAACUCAGUUACACUGUUUCUGUCCUCAGUAGCUUUAUGAAUGACUGCACAUUUCUUUCCUUUCAUAUAAAUGUGCAUAUUCCAUCCUCGAGCCUCUGCCCGCUUCCACCCAUUUCCAACCCUGCUCUCUUGUCUAGGCAUAUAGGCCUAAGGCGGGUUCUCAGCACUCGAGCAUGCAUGUGUAGACCAAGUGUGUGAGUGAACAUGAGAGACUUCGAGGGAAGUGUGUUAGGACGUGCAUGUCCCGCUCUGAGUUGGUGUCUUUGUGUAUGAGGUGGCGGGAGUGAGCUUUCACUGCUGUAACUGUUUUAUGGUGCAAGGUCGAAACAGUGUUCUCCCCCUUUAAGAUCUGCAGGAGCUGCUGUGAUGACAAGAGGGUAUGAGCUACUGCUGCUGAGGCAUCACUGCUGGGGUCAUUGGGAUACAAGGCAAUGUACAGAUACUGGGGGAAAACUGGCAUCCUCAUGCACACUUAGAAGGGAUGAACCGUAAUGUCAGCUCAUUGUAUGAUACGGUAAAACUGUACACCCUGACACGACACAACAUGAAAUUAUAUAUGACCAUACCCCCAACAAAUGAUACCAUACUAUAUUACACAACACAAAGUGAUAUGAUACCAUACAAUACUAUACAACACAAAGUGAUACAAUACAAUACAAUUCUAUACUAUACAACACAGAGUCAUACGAUAUGAUACAACACGACACAUGAUGAUAAGACACAACAAGAUAUGCUACAAUAUGACUGUUAUCUCAACAAACAAUACAUUACAAUAACAUACGACAUGACAUAAUACAAUAUGAUAUGGGACGAUAUGAUACGAAACGACACAAUGUGAUUCAAUAUGAUACUAUAUGACCACACUCUCAACAAAUGUUAUGAUACAAUACAAUACAACCCAACGUGAUACGCUACGAUACAUUACGAUAAGACACGACAUAAUAUGAUAUAAUAUGAGCAUACUCUUCAUGAAUGAUAUGAUAUGAUACAAUAUGACAUGACACAAUACAAUAUUAUACAACACAACACGUUUGGAUACAACGCGCAAUGAUAUGAUACAAUAUGUUGGGAUGAAAUAUGGUGCAAUAUGGUAUGGUACAGUAUGAGAUGAUGCAAUAAGAUACCACAGAGUACAGUAUGUCAAGGUGAGGUAGGGUGUGACACAAGACAACGUGAUAUAACGCUACGAUACAAUGCAGAGCUAGGUUUACUUUUUUUUUCCACAAAAUUUGAAUAAGUAAUUAAGUUACUAAGUUUAUGUUUAAGGGUUUGUAGACGAGACUGUCUCAAAACACUUUUUGAGUUUACUUUUGCUUUUAUACUGUCUUACUCCAAUGUUACUGUACUGUAAAAAGUUACUUGACAAAGCAGAUGGGUUAGCCAUUUCAUGUUUGUGCCACCAGGCAGAUCUAGGGUACCUGCAAAGCUUUAAGCUGGUAUACUCUCAUGCCAGGUCAGGAAAUGAUCAGACCAGUCAGCUUCAUUUGAGGGGAAAGGAGAGGUAGUAUGUUAAGUUGGGGCGAGCAUCUAUGCAAUGGUGCAUGUGAAAAGCUGAAUGCAGAAUAGUGGCAGGUUUAUUACAACUAGAUCUCUUCUGACUUGUAUUGUGAAAAGUUAGUGGGUAUCGUCAUUCAUCAGGUUCACAGCAUAUAAAAAUGGUAAGUAAAAUAGCAAUAGAGUUGAACAAUCACAUUCGAUGAUUGUCUUGUGACUGCAAUAUGUUUUAAUGCCCUGAUUUGACAGUAAUUUAUGUGACAGACAGAACAUUUGUUCAGUGACACAGCUCCAACACCCUAUAGGCUGACAUGACUGGCUAAAGAGAAUUAUCCUAACAGUCACCCUCCUAGGUUUUUGAAAUCAUAGGGGACUGACAAUCAUAGGGGGCAUUUUGGAAUACAUUUAUAAUUAUGCCUCUUGAUAUCACAUUUCUCAUUUCACAUUCUAUUAUAUUCUUGUAUCUUUUUUUUUUUUUUCAGAACAACUUGAAUUUCACGAGGAAACACCCCAAAAUUUGAAAAACAUUUUUUAAAAAAUGCAUAUUUGACUAAAAAUGAGGAAAAAUGCUGAAUGCAACUUUUUUUUAAUUGUAGAAAUUUAAAAAAAAAUGAUAAAACAAAAUCAAAAUUGAGGUAAUAUCAAACUAGAUCAAAUAUUUUCAACAAAACCUUUAUUUUUUUGGUGUUCUUUGAAUUUUUUUUAGCUGCCGCACCAUUUUUGGGGUGACACAUGCACAAGGUAAGAUAGUAGUAAGACAAUUUGUCAGCUAUUUUAUUUCAGGGGGGUCACUCAGGUAUUGCCUGUAUGUGGGAAACUGUAUACAUCAGAUGUAGGUGAUGUAAUGCUGCAAACAAGAAGUCAAAGCCUGACAGUGCCCGCUGCUCUCUUUAAAGGGUCUCUCCCUUAUUUCAAAUCUCAGAUGUAAAUUGUCCCCAUUGUGUUCUGUUCUGAUUUUCAGCUGCCUUGAGCACAAAUACAUCCCCAGCGCUCACUGCUCACUGAUGCAAAUAAAUACAUGCACACCAUACCACCAGUUGUGACAGCCAUGUAAGAAUGAGAAUUUGAGCUGUUGUGUGGAUAUCCAGUCAGUGCUUCCCUUACUCCACCGAACACAUCAUUAUCCAAGUGUUAGGAUCCCCUGACAGUCUAUAUUUAGUAAAUCUCAAACAACCACCAGUGGACGCAGAGCUGACAAUUCAUGUGUCGAUAUACAAACUGCAAGUAAUGACGCACUAAAUGAGAUGUAUUGACAGCAAGACCCUUUAAGAUAAUUUCCUAAUUAGGAGCAGAAACAGUAAUAAGAACAAUUAUCACAAUAUUAUGAGAGGACAAUACCAUGUGGCACCUUCUCUGACAUGCAUUCUGGCCGGUGGACUCAAGGUUAAACCUCCUUGCUUUUGUUAAAACAAAUCUGUGGACAAUGUAGGCAAAUGUCCCCAGACACACGGCUUUAUGUCCGGUGAAUUUACCAAGUCGUCCAACUGUGACUUUCCUCUUCUCUUCCUCACUGCCGCUUUUUUCUUUACCACCCCAACCCCACCCCCCCCAAUCUGCCGCUCCUCUUCCCUCUCCCAUCACAGACGUGGUCCAGAAUACAAAUUGUGUUUUCCCUCCUUUAUUUGGGUAGCCUAUAAUGCGUCAGGGCCAGAAGAGGAAAGGAAACAGGAGUGAAUUCAGUCCUCCCAAAAGGAAAGGGUGGCAACAAUAGAGUGUGAAGCUGCUUGCUAGAUGAAAAAGAGACGAAGACAAAGAGAGUUAGAAAUAGAGACACUAUGAAAGGACAGAAUAUGUAAAGAUGAAUUGAAGAUGUAGGGAUAGGGAGACGCAGGAACAAAAGAUGAAAGACAAAGGUAAAAUAGUGAUAACAGAGGGUGUACUCGAGAUAAGUUGGAUAAAAAGUGCUGCUGAAUGGUCCUGAAAGAUGUGCUUUAUUGUUUGUUCCAGGCAGCUGUGAUAUCAGGAACUUUCUCCUCAUUAGUGCCCAAAAGUUACACCGAGCUGCAGUGUGAGGUGUUGAUUCCCAGAGAGAUCACAGUGCAAGAGACCUUUUCCCAUCCCACUGAGUCAUUAGAUUCCAUGUUCAGAUCAAAACUAUUGAUCAGUGGAGCUGUGACUUUUCAUCGUAGGAUAAUACAACAAACAAGUCACCACCUGAUUCAUCGAGUCUGCUUAUCAAGGGGCACAUCUGACACAGCGUGCAUUUUGAAAUAAAGGGCAGCGAGAGGCAGUGUACUCUCCAAACCUUUGAAAUCCCCGCUCAUGAUACUGUUCUCCAGACCUCUGUGAUUGUUGUCAGCUUUGAUAUUUUAGCUGAGGCAUGCUUUGUAUUUCGAACAAAAAAACCCUGCCAUGCUGAAGUAAGGCCAAAUUCAACCUAGAUAGAAGGGGUUCACCGAGAGUACCGUUGGAUCCUUGUGUUUCAAACUUGAGGAACAGAUUUUUUUUCUCCUCACAGGUAAUUGCAUUUACAUAAAAUUUGUCACAGUCAAAACUGAAUCUGAUGAGGCAGGAACAUCGGACUUUAACACACAUUCAAAUACAGAGAUACUGAAUCCAUCUGAUACUUUCAUGUUAAUCUCUAAACUUUGGACAGCUCUUCCCUGCACAACAAAGACAUUAUACAACGAUUUUCUGUGAUUGAAACUGGACCUGAUACACUAGAAAGGUGACUUGCAUGAAGACUUCCCCUUGCUUUAGAUAUUACUACCAAACAUGCAUAAGACUUUGUUGGUUAAAAGGGAUUAUACAUUUAAAAUAGGGAGUCCAGAUGAAAAGACAAGGCCCCAUGACAGAUGCUUGUGAUGUGAGUGCAUUUUUUUCUUUUCCUUUUUGAAGACAUGCCAGGCCGGGAAACUGGCCACAAGAAAUAGGCAGGUUGUUAGGUUGGCCGGUGCCAAACAGUCUUUUCCCAAGGUGUUAAAACACAGUAAAACACCUGUGGAAACAGAGUUGCCAGGCAGAGAAAUGAAGACGAGAAUGGAAAGUGAACAAUGGAAGGAGUCUGGUACAUGGAGUGUGAUUUACUUUGGCCGGUUAUAACUUGGAAAAGGUUUGGGUACACAGCAGAGAGAGGUAGAGAGGCAAGAAAUCUUGGGUAUGGGGGAUAUGACUGUAGAUGAGAAACCAUGAGCUAGACUAUCAUAUACACCAUGUUUACCAUUGUUAAACUGUAUUUUUUAGACAAAGAGACACCUAGAUAUUUGCAAAUCUUUCACAUCUGGUUGAAAGCAUCCCUAACUGCUCUGGCACACAAAACAGCAUCUCCAGGCAACUGCUAAUGGCGCAAAAUUGUUCCCCUUCUUUGCAAAUGAGCCAGAGAGUUACUGGAUAGAUAGCAAGAAUUUACCACUCUCUGAUUUAACUGUCUUUUCUGUUGUGUGUUGAUACAGAGCCAUCUUUUAUAUUUUGCCACAUGGAUACUUGACAAAUUUCCCUUGGAUGCAUAACUGAGCAUUUCAUAUCAAUAGAGAAAAAAAGUCUUAUGAUUUAGAUCUCGAUCAAGUGCCUGCAGUUUGGUCGAACACUGAAAAGGGUUUCCCACUUGACAAGCAAGAUCUGUGGUCUAGUUAAUAUGAAGCACUGAUGGGAAAGAACAUUCCCGGAGCCAGUUGUCCUUUACCCCUCACAGGAAGAGCGAAGUGAGUCAGACCUCAGAGUCCAUCAACCCUUAUUAAAAUCAACUCAAACGGGCGCAUCUGCCAAUCACUCCAUGGGAUCUAUCGCUUUGCCUGCUGGGUGGAAGGAUAAACUCUGUCAACACUUGACUCGCACAAGUCCGCUUUGAUGGGCCGCUGUCAGAGAGCAAGACAGUGACAGUAUUAGAGGAAACAAAGCACUACAGGAGGAUAGGAUAUAAGGGAGAGGAGGACCUGCACCCAAACCAUGGGGGUGUUAGUGUUACCAUAAGGUCCUAUUUUCCGUUACUAUAUUUGUGCAGACCACUGGCCCGAGGAGGUGUUUGUUUGUAUGAGUAAAAAAGAGACAUGUGACUAAUGACUCCCUUUGACCCCAUUUACUCACAGCUCAAACAGUUGGCUGCUUUGCAUGGCCUUAAGUGCUGCAUCAGCCAUCGUGAACACACAUACACACACGUGCUCACAACUACACACACACAGUACGAUCGACGUCUGCCUCUAUGAUUUAGUGUUUUGCUUAAACAAUGCCCAGCCAAACUGAACUCUUAAAAGCAGUCGAGGAGAAAACCCUUACAUCACUCUGCUGUGAACCAGCCGGGCAUGGCAAAGACUGCAGUAUUUCAGCCCUGAAGACACAAACUCACACACACACAUACACACAAUGACCCUGCUGCACCUCCAAGACUCUUUAUAGUAACAGAUAUAUAGUAGUUCAACUGUAUCUCGGCAAAAUCAGUAUGUGUAAUGUUAAGAGAGGAGGCAAGGAUAUCUUCUUUGUGAAGUUACAGGUGAAGGUCAAAGUAAGCCUCACUGCUGUUUCAUCUACCUCCUUCUCUUGUUUUAGGUUAUUCUAUUUCACUGUAAUAAAUAAUGGGCACUUCACUUCACUUGCAAGGAAAAGCGGCAUUUCUACAGGCAGAAACACUGAAAAGAACCAGAAUCACUGGUGAACAACUAGGAGUACUGCAGCUGGCAAAGUUUUUAUUUUACAAGCACAAACCUUUGGAAGAAUCUGACUCUUUGGUGGACAGCCAAUAAGACAGCAACUGGCGAAAUGAGACAUAUUGAUGUUCAGCCACUUAGAAAGCGAUCAGUUGAAUAUUCCUUUUGACAGAAACCUCGAGCACAGCCAGACACAUUGGUGGAUGUUCAACUGGACAGCAACAAACUUCUGUUUGACAGGCCAAAACUGCAAUCAGAAACAGCUUGUCUGUAGAAGCCAACUUGACAGCCAAUAAGAUAGCAAUUAGUGGAAGUUCCUAUUUCACAGGCAGAGACAUUGAGCAGUAUCAGAACCACUGAAAGUAAUCAAACUGGACAGCAGUUAGUACAACUUCGAUUUUUAAGGCUGAACCAUUAGCAGAACUGACUUCUUGUUGAUAGCCAUCAGAACAGGCAAUUAAAGAGUAAAAGAUUGAAUGUAUUUGUUUUUUUGUUUUUUUUUUUAAGGCAGGAACCUUGGGAUGAACCAGAAUCAUUGGUAGAUAUUUAACUGGACAGCAACAAGCAGAACUUUAAUUUACCAGGCAUGAACCUUGAGUAGUGUCAGACUUUUGUUAGAUGGCCAUCUGGACAGCCAGUUAGAAAGCAAAAAGUGUAACCUUGAGCAGAACCAGACUUCGUUUUGAGAAGUAAUCUUGAUAGCCAUUGGUGAAACUUCAUUAUCCUGUCUUUCUGUCAAUAAUGUGGCAACAAGUUAAGCUGUCAGUCAUAAGGCAGAAACCACGAGCAGGGCCAGAAUCAACAGAGAACAAUGAUCUGGACAGCCAUCUGUUGGAAUUUCCCUUUAGAUGAGUACAAAUCUUGAGUAGAACCAGACACAUUCAUGGACAGCAAUAGAGAGCUAUCAGGGAUACUUCAAUUUGACAGGCACAAACCUUGACUACAGCCAGACUUAAUUGUGAAUGACAAUCUGGACAGCCUUCUUAUCUGUCAGUCAACUACUUUUGGCAGACUGAACCAAAAUCAUGAAGUCAAAGUCAUAUGAAUAAUCUUUGGUGGAACUUUCUUCAUCAAGAAAGUGUCAGAAACAAAUCGGAGACAAAUAUCAACCAGUAAUUUAGGUUGCAAUAUAACUUUCUUAGAGGAUUGUAUUCAUAAAGCUAUUCAAAGUAGGUUAUUGAAUGUUUGUACAUCAUGUUUUAGUUGCUCUUGUGUGUGAAAAAAAUCCAUGAUUCCUCUAACAAGGACUUUGUAUAGUGUUUUGACUCUUCUUGUGAUUGCCCAGUCUAGCAUUUGUACCACUCCCAAGUGUGUCUGUUUACAGUACCUGCUAAUUACCGGUGAAUGCAAGUCAGUGUUUUUUCUUUUUUUCUUUUUUUUUUAUCAGUGAGUGUGUUUGUGUAUAUUUUGGCAGUACCUUGGCCUCGGGGGCUCUCUGUCUCACAACAAUGAAGAAUAAAGCAAGAAAACAAGAGAGUAAAAAGGAUGAGGCAGUGCGGUGAAAAGACACAGAAGGGAAUCACUCUGCCUGACAUGUAGCCUGAAGGAUGGUGACACAAUCACAGCCAACACUCAAAAACAGACUUCUUACAGUCAUUCAAUGUCAUGUGUACCAUUUGAAUAAGACAAGCGCUGUUGCUGCAAAAGUUAGGUUCAAGUGUUGGGAUCUCAUCAUGCUUAAAGUCAAUUUCAUGCUUAAAAAGGGUCAAAAGAUGGAUUGUUAAAGACUGUGUGUUGUUGCCGCUGAUUUUGCAUCUGUGUAUACUCAGAAACCAACUCGCAGAUAUUCACAUAUGAUGUUGAGGACAUUAUAGGUCUUUACUUCUUCUUCUGUGAGUUAUUCAUGGACAGAAUCGCAACUUGGGAGGCCAGGAGUGUAUUGAAAGAUGAGAGUUGACAUUGUCAAUUAUGUUAGCAACAACCUCAGUAGAGGGUUGUUUAAAGAAAUAAAUAAAUAAAAAAAAUGUCAUCAGAUUGACAUUUUUUCUCUUUUUUUUGCUUUUCAUACGGACUGUUUUCCUCAGUUUAAAUGAUCUAAACAGAAAAAAAAGGAAAAAAAAAAAAAAACACAUUGGACAACACUUAAACUCUGAAAAAGUCCAAACUCACCAAACUCAUCCCUUGCUUACUGAUUCCUUAUUCCUGCAUCCAGAAUCAAUUUUGAGAUAGGCAGUUGUGCAAUGAAUCAUUAAAGUGGCAGGACAGAGUUUGUGUCAAGGUUUUGGGUCUGCAAACUCUUCCCCACAGCCAUACUCAAGCUAUCAGAUACCACUACUUUGUCACAACUACUGGCAUCCUGCUAGCGGCGCUUAUGAGAGGGUACAGACUUUUGCCACUAUUCAAUCUUAACCCACACUUCACUUUUAAAGAUUAAUCUUUCACAAUUCUGUUGUCUCGGACAGCAGUCAAGGGAUGUGAAUAGGUCAAGCAAUGCAGGACCUUUACCCAGGAGACUGGACAUGAGUCAAAGGGAAUUACAUCAACAGACUUGGCAAUAAACGUUCAUCAACAUCCUUUUUUUCAUGACAAAGAUGGGAUUAUGAGUAAAAAGUAAACAAGUUAAGACUUAAAGAGAGUGAAAAUUUUCAGAUUUAAACACUUGGCACAACUCUGGUCCUUUUGAAUUUGUAGAAGAUGAUCGUCAACGGUGUGCAGCACACCCUUUGUACCUUUUCAACUGCUUCAUCAGGCAAGGAAGAUCAUAUGAGCGGAAGCCAUUUAAGGCCAUUCAUACGCAGGUAGUAAUCUGAAGAACCAACAGCCACUUGGUGAGCAUGGCAGCAGACAUAAUUAGACAUGUAUCACUGAAGUAUUGUGAAUAAGAAUGGAGGUUUUUAUUGGCAUUUGCGGUGUUAUUGUCCUUCAUAAUGAAACUAUAUGUCUCAGUAAACAAAAGCAUGACUCACAGUACAUCCUAAACCCAUUCUCUUUUCUUUGGUUUACAUUUAUUUCAUUGACACAUUAUUUCAUUACAGCUGUUUUAAUAGAAAAAAAGGAUAACUUCCUUCAAAUAAAUCAAUUUAAUGAUCCCCUAUAUGUGUGACAGAAACACUAUUGUUUAGCAGGGGUGAAAACUGCAUAAAUGCGAUAACUGAUUGAAUUCUAUGCUUGCAUUGUUUGGCUGGUUUUCCCCAGUAUUACAAAACCUUUAUCCGCUCUGCAUUAUUGAAAUGGUUAACAAUGGAGCUGUUUCUAUUUCUUGAUAAAUGCAGAAACCACAUAAAUCUGUUGUCUGAGUCAGACUCACACAAAUAUUGAUGCAUAAAGUAAUUAAUUCAGAAUUUCUCCUCUGCGGGCUCAUUGAUGAUUUUCAUUCAGAAACUCCCAUUCAGAUACAAUGAUUCCUCUGUCUUUCCAGAGAAGUUAUAACAGCCAUUUGUACACCUCAUUGAGCUCAGAGGCAAAAUUAUGAUCGCACAGGCUUGAAAACUAUUGAUGCGGCUGUCUAUUUAAUCAGCUAGAUGAAUUAAUCUGUUUGGAAAGAGAAGAAGAGAGUAUAGAGGCAAGGGAGAGGAGGUGAUAAUGGCUUGGCAGAGGAAAGGGUGGACUAAAAGAUGGCAUGAAAUACAAAUUAGCCCCAUGUGUCUUCAGACUGACUAUGCAGUGCUUGUUUCUUAGUGUGUGGAAGUAUUUAUUAUGUGUGAAGCAAAUCAUAUAGGCUACCCCACAAUGUGAAAACCUCACGGUCUAAAUUAGGUAUUGUAACAGAGGCACACUGGCAAAAUAUUAAAGAUAUUUCUCUCUGGAAGCAGGAGAAUGAAAAAGGGAAAAUGUUGUUCAUGGACAGGUUGGUGCUUUGAGAGUGGUGGAGAGGAGUCUCUGUGGUGAUGGAAUUGUACAAACUGUAAUGGGCACAAACUGUUCCACUGCAGAGUAUUGAGGUUCUCCCUUUGAUAGGUAGACAUUAUUAAUCCCCCUUCUUGGCAAUGCCUUUAAAAGCUAUAACCACUUAUGACUCACUAUAAUAUUAUUUUCAGUUUUCUCUUUUGUGUUUAUUUACUUUAAUAACUAAUUGACUAAUUUGGAUGGAGUGACUAAAUUGUUCACCGUUGGUAAUAUAGGAAAUUAUAUGUGUCAUUGCAUAGGCCACAAUUUUGUCCCCUUGGCAUCCUAAACACCCAUACUCCGUUUGACAAAAUAAAUUGGUUAAAGUCAAUUUUUUCCACAGUAGAUUUGAUUUUCAAAUAAUCAGAAACAAAAACUUCACUUGGUAGGUAUAGAUUGAAGUUGUAGGAGAGCAUCUAGUUCAGAACACAAGCAAUAUCUUGAUCCUUAAAGGGUCACAAUUUAAUGCGUCACACAAUGUUAGGUCAAAUGAAAUGGUUAAGGUCAGUCUACUUUGUUGGUUUUGCUUAUUUAUGUGACCGGAAACAUAUGUCCUCAAACUUUUAGUGUAAAAUUAUAGGCCCUGGUUUGUACUAUAAGACAGUUUGUGUGUGUCAUUGUCUGAACCACAUUUUGGUCUUAUGGGGUCUUAAUUUAGUGCAUUAAUCUUUAUUUGGCAAUGAAGCAAUAAAUCGGUUAUGCUGUAUACAACAGUUUUGAUCCUAGAGCUUCAAGCUACAAACCCUUAAUUUCAGAUAAUCACAUUUUUUCUGGUGUGUUUCAUGGGGAAAGAAACUUAUUAUAUUUGGAUCAGUACAGUACAUGGUAACUGUUAGGUGAAAAAAAAAAAAACUAAUUAGGCAAACAUUGGCUCAAGAUGAUUAUUUUAAUUUUCUCAAGUAUACUAUAAUUCAUUUUGGCUUAAGUUUUGCUUUUUUAAAUGUCCAGUAAUGACUCUACUUGGUUGAUGAACACCUGAAGUCCACAGUUGGUGAAGUCGGAUAGUGGUUCUUGUGCUUGAGGUAAUUUUUGAUCCUUGUGGGGGGACAUGACUCAAUGUAGCACACAACAUAUGAUGAAUUAAUAGUUUAAGUAAAUUGUCUUUCUUGUUUUUGCCUUUUUGAGGGACUUAAAUGGGUCCACACUUGGUUGGUGUCCACUGUCAGUUGUAGGAGAGUACAAAGGAGUUUGAAUCUGUGCCACAUCUUCGUCCUCUUGAGGUUAUGAUUCAAUGUACCAUACUUUAAGUAUAUGAGCUCCUCUGUCCUGGACAAAUGAGCCUAUACCAGGGAGGUGGAAAGACGAAUGAAGACAGAGAGAUAAAAAGCAAGGGGAGAAGAUAACAGAUUUGAAGGAUGAGAGAAUAGGUGGUUGCGAACUGUGCCAAAAGGUUGAUUGGGACCACAAAGAUGUGUGUUGCAUAGUAAGAAUAUAAGGGUAAAAAACUGAUUAAGCUGUAGUGGGAGAUGGGGAUAAAGGAAGAAAAAAUGGAAAGACGCUUGGGGAAAGAGAGGCAAAUGAGAGAGAGGAGAUGAAUGGAGAGGCAGCAAGAUAGAUGUGGAUGUUAAUUUGGGUUGCUGGGACACAUUGUCUCUGCAACUUCAAGAGAAUGGAAGGGAGCUGCAGAGACAAAUGAGGGAAGUUAAAUUAAAAAACGCAAACAGAAACAAAGCAGAUACUGAGAAUGUAGCACAGGAGGAAGCCAAACUGUAACUGGAAUAAGAUACAAAAAAUAAGUCUGCAACAACAGCCAAGAAAGCUUCAUCCUGAGCCUCCCAGCCUGGCUUAAAUCCCAAUCUAUGAUAUCAGCACACCACUAAGAAGGUGCUUUAAAAUCAUCCUGGCAUUAAAUGGAUAAAAGGUAGAUCCAAGGACACACUAUCUACGCUUCCCUUGCAAACCUACUCAGCUUAAGAAGCAUCUCUCAAAUUAUGUAGCUGGCAGAGACAGGCUGACGCAGUGUGUAAUUACUCUAUAAUCUGAAGGCCAUACAGAGUCCCUGUGGAUAGUUUUUCUCAAGACUGACCCUUUAACUUUGUCUUGAAAUGGAAAAAUAAAUAAAUAAAUAAAUAAAUAAAUAGGUGUGAAGGAGAAAAGGUCAAAGUUAACACUUGAGGGGUCCCCUAGAAAAAAAAAACGCACUGUAGCGCAGGCACAUGAUAUAAUUUAAACAAGGUCAUAAAAUAGAUGUUGAUGCUCAAGGGGAAGAGGUCAAAGGGUCUUUGAGACAAAUAAGAGAAAAUUACAUGGUAGGUGAUGUAGCACUGUUGGGUUUAAUACAAAGGGAGGAUGCUGCGACCUGCAGCAAGACCUUGGGAGCGUUCUCAGAGGGACAGUUUUUUUUUUUUUUUCUCGUUUUUUUCUGCACGCUACUACAAUGAGUUAAAUGCUAUGGAGAAUGGUGAGGGAUUAUAAUUAUUAUAUUACUAGAGAUGAGAGUCAAACUGGGUCCCAGAUCAGACCUGGUUCCAAGCAGUUGAAGCAUCUACUUAAGGGUGCCUUUAUCGAUACCUUCCACUUAGUCCUAUUUGCCAUGCAAAUAAGUUGCACUUCCUGAAUAUUGUGGCGUUCACAACAAAAACUCCAAAAGUAAUACCCUGAAACAUACCAACUUAACUGUAAAAUCCACUCGCUGCUUGAUUAGCUGACCAUGCUAAUGGAAUGCUCUCCUCUAUUGUCUGCUAAUGUUGACCAAUCAGAGGCAGUGUCCACAAUCAGCUGACCAUAAAAGACCCAAUCGGAAGCCAGUAUCAGCAAAGCAGCGAAGGUAAUAAAACUUGUGAUAACAAAUGUUCUUGACGCAAAAAAAAAAAAAAAAAAAUGCAGGAACUUACUUCAUGUAGUUGAUAAAGAAGUAAAUCAAUAAGCUGGAUCAGUAAUGGCAUUGGUAUCAAUAAAAUAUAAUCACUUCCCAUCUAUGUGUACUUCUGAAUAUUGCAGUUGAUUCUGGUGUCUUCAGAAACUAGAAUCUGGGAGGAGGCUGUAUUGAUAAUUAAAAAAUGAAAGUGAAAAAAAAUUAAGUUGUGCCAUCAAAGGGUUAAAUUUGCCAGAAAAUGUUUGUUGUCCUCUGAGAGUGAUGCUGUAGAUUUAGAAAAAUCCUUCCAGACUCCCUAAGUGCGUUGGUGUCAUUUGCACCUACGUUAAUUUCACAUUCUUUAAUUGAAGUUCAGGCAGAGUAAUUCAAUCAGAAAUGGUCAAAAUAUUCCUUUUCAUUAGUCUCUGAACUUUUUUUGCUCAGUCAUAUCUGCUCAGAAGGUUGCUGUAGCUAUUUUACAUGCAAAGAGUCACCUGCCCAUUGAAGCAAAGAGUCUGAUCAUCUCGUCUCAGAUGAAUAGAGAAUGGCGUUUUGAUCAAAUGAAGGAUGUGAAAAACUUAUCACAGACGGAUAAACUGAAGGUUGACGUCACCCAGUUAGAGGGUUGGAUGGAAAGAAAGAAAGAAAGAAAGCAUAUGUUCCUGUGGCCUGACUCUCAAAAUAACCUUAACAAGAAAACAAGAAAGAGAAAAUUGAGUGGAUGCAAACACAUGAAGUCAAAGGGAGAUUUUAGUGGUUGAAAAGUAAGGAAAGAUGAGUUCUUGAAUCUUUGGCUCGGAACAUUCAAGUCUGUCGAAUUCGUUGCAGAUAACUGUCUCAUAAAUGGUUCAAAAGCUUUGAGUUUUUACCCUGAAAAGACUGAAAUGUGAAUUCCCUCUGUCUAAUAAGAUAAAAGUCCAUUACAUAAGGCUAAAUGCAGCUACAUGUCUACUGCCAUUUCAGCUCCUCUGUUCGACUGUAUUUUGGUGUGGUGCUGCACACAAGUGCAAAACUGUACAUUUGAAGGUUGAUGUAGACAAUGAAUGGUAGCGACACUUUAAAUUUCUCUUGACUGAGGGAGAUGCUAAGUUGAUGUGACAUGCUGGCUGGAGUUCAGGGGUGCAUUAUGGCCGACUGUUUAACCUUUUAAGACUGAUGAUAAUCUAACUUUUACCUAUUGAAACGUGAGAGGUGAAUAUCACUGAAACUACAAAUAAAACGAAUAACACCUGAAUGCAACAACAACAACACAAUGUCCUGAUUUUAUUUAGUGUGUUCACACUCAAGUAGAGGUGGGCACAGGUAAUCAAAAAUGUAUCUCCUGUAACUGAUCUUUAGUUAUCAAAGAUGUAAGCUUUGAUUAUAGUAAGUUGGUAUGCUCUUGCUCAAGUUGUUUGUGAUCCAUCUUGUCAUGUAAGAGCAGGGUUUAGAUCCUUCUUCUGUCACAAUAAACAGCUCCUAGUGAUGGGGAUUUGGGCACACCAGCUCUUUCAGCUCCAAAAUGACUACCAAGUAUCGUUCAUGUGAAAGAGCUGGCUAUAAGAGCAUAGUCAUUUGCAUUUGACACAUUACUAGUCCCCCCAGCUGAGCGUAAAUCUGUCUACUGCUACAGUGCUUGUUCGUACAGUGAGGUUAGGUGACAUGAAAGUGACAGCGAUAUAAAAAACUUCCUUUGAUAAUGGGCCUGCACAACUGCCCCUUUCCACCCUGUAGGUGUAGGGUCUAGACUACAAAGACAGGCUGGACUACCGCUGGUGCCACAAAAGAGCAAAGCAGAUUGAAAUCAUCUCUGUCAUCAUGGCCAGAGCUGAAUUACAUUUCACCACUUGAAUGAAGGGAAGUCAGUCCUGAUGUAUUUUCUCUUUCCCUACUCUCUCUCCUCAACACCUUUUCUCCCCCUCUCCAGCAUCCCUUGCCUCUUCUGAUUACUCCCCGCGUCUAUCUCCUUGUCUCUUUCUCCCCCCACUAUCACCCGCCUUCCCCCACUCACCUGCCCUGUCUGUCACCUCUGAUUCUACAUCAGGAGGCUUUAUUGGCGGCCCCGGCUCACUACAAGCGAAAUCCUCUGUGAACGGGUGUGCAUGUCAGUCGCGGUGUGUUUUUGUGCGUCGAGCGAGAAGUGAAAGCGUGUGUGACCUGAUGGGUGUAUGUCCUAACUCCAGCAAGCUGCUUUUGAUGCAGGCUGAGAAGACGGAGAAACUGGUCUUGAAUGAUAAACCGGAGUCUACCAAGGGGGAUGAAGGGAUCAGAUGGAAUCAAUCUUAGUCAAACACUCCUUCUGAGCCUUUUCUUUCAACAGUUCAGACCUCUUUUUUUUGCCCCGGAUUCAAUAUUUGUGGCAAAUCUGAAGUAUUAUGAUUGAAUGUUAUUGGUUUUCAUGAUUAUUGAUUGACAAUGCAUAUCAGUCUACCUGUGUAUUUAAAGGGGCCCAAUCACUAAGCAGUGCAAGGACUAAGGAUUAACAACGCUAUAGCUGCCAUACCAGGGUCCUCCUUGCAGAUUAAUGUCAACAUACUUCUGUGUCCAAUUUCUAGGUCAACAUACUGCCAAACUACUCAGUGAAAUACCAUCUGUCUGUGUUUGUUUACAUCCAGUGAUUUACAUAAUUGAUGUUCCAAACCUUAAACAUAAGUCACUGCAAAAAUCUUGUAUGAUGAGGGUCUUGUGCAUGGAUGGAAGUGUCAAAAAAUCCAUGUGCCCACAUUGGACUUUUCCAAAAAGGAUCUGUGUGGAAGCAUGUCAUAUUCAUGAAUGUUGCUAGGCACAUAAAUCAAGUUAAGAAAAGCCUCUUUCACACAUACAACUGAACAGAAGGUCAGUGGCUCAGAAGGUAGAGCGGUUGUCCAAUAACCGGAAGGUUGGUGGUUCAAUUCCCCCCAUCCCUGGUCUUUGUCCUUGGGCAAGACACUUAACCCACCUUGCUUCCAGUGUAUUUCCUCCACUGGCGUAUGAUUGUGAGUGUUGUGUGGUGGUGGUCGGAAAGGCCAUAGGCGCAAACUGGCAGCCACAUUUCUGUCAGUCUGCCCCAGGGCAGCUGUGACUACUAAGGUAGUUCACCACCACCAAGGUGUGACUGUGUGAGCGAAUGAAUGAUAUAUCCAAUUUAAAUCGCUUUGAGGGUCUCUGGUAAAGUGCUAUAUGAAAUCUGAUGCAGUAUUAUUAUUAUUCAAUUUCCUUUACAGAGAGUAGUGUUUUUCAGCAAUAUACAGACUUCAUAUUUAAAAGAUUUCUGGGCUCUCUAUCCAAUCAGACUUGGUCAGUGACAGGAAAGAUCCUUUCAGGUAAAAAGUCCAGAUCCUGAGUUUUUAUUUUAGACUGUAAGAGUGGCAGGACAGUGGAGUUUGAUGUUACGCCAAACACAGGGCGUUGCUUUAACUUUAAUCCACACUGUUCAAUCUUCUGUAAAAUUCUCACAUUAGACACCAGCCCACGGUGUCAGUGAUGGUGCCACAGUGAAACAGUUGUUGACAUUUUUUACACUUCAGAGUACUCCUUUGACUCUGUUGAACAUAUCCACUUCAGUUGAGGUCAAGAUGACCAAAAGAGGCUGAUAGAGUAUUACUCAAAAUACUAUUUUUGUGGAUGUUUCUCUGCUGGAGUGGAUCACUUUUAUAUUUUCGAUUUCUUUUAAUAACUAAAAGCAAACGUAUUAGUUUUCAUGUCAAAAAAAGAGGGAAUGUCUUGUUUUUUAGUUUUGCUUUGGUUGCUGCUUUGGCUUUAACAUUUCUCUGUGAAAUUAUUGAACCUGUACUAUGGUCAGUUCUUGUUCAAAAUCACUUUUUGUCAAAUCACUUUUUUGACAAAUAUUCUUUUUGUCUCUUGGCUGCAUGAAGAUCACUAUCGGUCUGUGAAUUCCACACUCUGCUUAAACAGUCCCGUAAAGACUGGAAUAGCUGUGCCUGGUAAAACAAACCACUCUAAAAUAAAUUGCUCAUUUUGGCCUUAAACUUAAAUAAAUAAAAAUCCGGACACCAAGAUUUGAUUCAAAGUUUGUGAACAACAACAAUGCCUGAGUAUACUGAUCAUUUCUGGAUGUGCUGUUACUUCAUGUUAUUUUAUUUUGCCAGAAAACAGAAGUGAGCAAACGUUAGAGUAUUGCAACUUACCCUGCAGCUUGCACACGUAGCCCGAACUCAUGCAUUAAAAAAAACAACACUGACAUGCGGUGUUCAAGUUUUGAUGCAGGCAGUGAAGCCCUGAACCCCUUGGGUAAACUGGCUACCCUUCAAGUCGGAACAACAAAGGUCAAAGUAUUGAUCAUUAUUCACUCAUACGAGCUUGGCGAGUUAGUGAACACAGUCUCUUUCCUCACACACACACUCAUCGCCCUUCUCUCGGUGCGUGAUGGUCAGGGGAAGGACUGCAGUGUGGCGUUUGAAUAACACUCACUCCUACAUUAUCGUUUCAGGCUAUACAGCAACAGAAUCCAGUAGUGAUUAUGUUUACUCUGCAGCCUACAUGGAAAAGUCAGUCCACACACCAAUAUACACACUCACACACACACACACACAGAGGCAGAAAACAGUUGAACUACUACACCAGUAUUCCCACACACAGCCAUAAAGUCACAUGCUGAAAUAAACAUGCAUGUAUUGAUAUUUAUCUUCACCCACAUUCUGCUCUCAAUAUGAAACGUACAGUUUAUCUCAUAUGCUGCUUCUCAUUAAUCAAGACGAACAUUUGUUAGAUGGUCACUCUGUUUGUGUUAAUUAAACCCUGUGCCGCUGUUGUCAUGCGGCAGGUAAAAAAGGCACAAAUGUCUGAGAAAAGGUGCAAUAUCUGAGUCAUGAACCUAUUAUGACACGUAUCAGAGGACGGAAGUGCGGACUGUGUAUUUGAGUAAGCGCGAGUGUGUGUUAAGAGGGGAUGAACAGGCCAAAGGGUGAGCCAGGGGCAGGCAGAGUCACAGUCUGUUUGAUCCAAAGCUAGCUUAGCAUGAAAGCGUGAGAAAAAGAAACUGAAAAUGAAAUUGACUCCCGAGGCUGUGGGUGCUCUUUUUUUUUUCCCCCAAAGAGAAGCUCUUUCAAAACAGUUUUCUAUAACAACUCCUCUCUUCUGUACUCCUCUGUACUUCCUCUUUGCUCGUCUCUCUCUCUCUCAUUAAAUAUAAUUAGAUAAGUGUAGCAGUCAAAUCAUAUCCUCAUUUUGUUACAUGAAAUAUUUUCAGGUUGCUCUGUUUGCUGUAAAGCUAACAUACUAUCAAAAAACAAACUUUUCUUUGUACAGCUGCUUGUGCUACAAAUUCACAGUUCAAAAGUCUUGUCAAACACAGCUGUUAUCUGCUUGUUAUGUGUAGCUGUACAAUGUCCUUGUCAUGCAUGUGGAGAGUGGCAAAGCCUGAGGCGGGAAGAGCAGCAGCAAAGACCCUCAGGGGAAAGAACAGAACAGGCACCAGUCAGUUUACAUGCACAGUUAAGUCAAGCUACUGUCAUGUGCCAGUUCACGAGCACCAGGCAAGAAUCGGUUUAUUGGCAAAAGCAUGUCCUCUGCUGUAGUAGGCGAGGAUAUGCCCCCUUUCAGCUUCUUACUGCUGGGCUGCCUCCCAGCUAACUAACUUUAUCACGAACCAAAGCAACAAAUACGUUAGCAAGAGGCUGAGAUAAAAAAAAAAACCCUGUCAGAUCUACAGUUCUGUGCCUUGCGUAUGCAUAAAAUGACGGCUUUGUCUGUGUUACAUCCAUAGACUGUAUAUAGCGUGGACAGCGACUGUCUCCUCGCUGGGUGAAGCCACUCUGACAACAGCACCCUCUGUUGAUGGGCUGCAGUAUAGAUCAUAAAUCCCGCCUCUAAUCCCGUUACUAUAAGACUGGUUUGUGCUCAAGUCCUCUUUUUUCUGUACAGCUUCAUUUUCAAAAGUUAUAAGGGGGUUAAUUUUUUGUAUGAUUGACACUUGAUACAGCCCAUGGGCAUACGAAGAUUUAGUAGCUAACCAGGGGGAUACGCUGUUUGAGCCAAGUGACAUCAUGAUGACCCUUGGCCACUCUCCUGCGGAAUGCAUUCAACGCUACUACGCAGGUGGUGGAGUUUGUACAACGCUGCUGCGCAAUGUUGGUUUCAGGAAGUGGAGAAAAAACGCGGAAUUACAGAGAGCUUUUCGGCUUCAAAUCCGUAUACUGGCAGAAGGCGGAACCAAGAUGCCCAUAGUAUGUAUAGUCUAUGAUUACAUCCUUUAUUCUGCCAAUGAUUUGUUUUUUUACUAUCAAGCUUCCUGUCAACACAUUAAUGCCAUUCAGCUUCAUGGUCAAAGACUGAGAUAAAUCUGUGGCGCAUGCUCAGAAAAUCACCGGCAGUUCAGUUUUAGUCAAAUGGAGGCAUACAUUGAUCCCCAACCACAUUGGCCAGGUAUGUUGGUCUGACAAUGAGAAAUUUAAUCCAAUGUCAUGUCAUUUAUUCUCACCUGUUUACGUGUUUUUUAAAAGUUCAGAUUUAGCUUCAGAUUUUUUAAACAACAUAUAAACUGAGUGAUAAGACGUGUGACAGUGGUUGGGUCACAAAUCAGUUUGCAUAGGAACCAGCAGGUCUGGUUGGGUUAAGCAUUCUAAAUGGAAAAGCCAUUUUGAUGUUGCCAGGUGGAUCCACAGAAGGUUAUUGUCAGCUUAUACAGGAUACAGUUACUGGUCAACCCUUAACUACAAAUCUUAAGAGAAAUAUUAGACAACAUCUUUCAAGAUCAUUCAUCUAUGCUAUUGAAAAUUAAUAUUCUUGCCACAUGUCAAUAGGAGGAGGUGAAAUAAUGAAUGUUAUGAACGUAAUGGACUUGACCUGAAAAUGCGAAAAACCACUGACAGCCAACCCAAAAAUAACCCUCUGACCCUUUUGUCAAAAAACACUGGUGGCUGUAACAUAACCUAUCAAUUUAAAGAUCAAUUGAAGCUUAAAGCCCCUCUUUUUUAUACUUUGUGAUUGCCUAGUUGAAUAAUUGGAGACCCUCAGCUGCUUUAAAGUCAGCUCUCUUAUUUAAACUAGCACCCGAUGUGUCCUUCAUGGCUCAUAUAACAAGUGUGCAUCAGUCUAGCAUCAGUGAAAGACGUCUUUGCGUUUGUGGUGUGAUGUUUUUCUUGUAUGUGUGUGUGUCUUUGCACUGCGAUGGAGAGCUAAUUGUAAAUGUAGACUCCAGGAAGAAUAGUGAUGGCCUUAGCCAAAGCUAAUGGAGAUCUAAUUAAAUGAAUAUCUGAAGUCUGCUGUGGUGAUGCCACUGGUCUUCAAAUAUACUCUUAAGAGGAUGUAGCCCCUGAAUUGGGACCAUGCUCAUAUGUUCGACUGUACUGAUGAGGCCUAGUUGUUUUAUAAGUCAGCAAAAACACAAUCUUCUCAAACAAAGGUUAUCCACCUUUUUUAAAGACAUACUUCAGCCAUUAGAUCUCUAAAUCCAACAUACUUACUUUUCAUUUCGGGUGUUUGCAUAUUUUACAUCUGAUGUUCCAAACCCCUUUAAAGUGCAAACUGGUCUGAGUUUUUAAAAGGGGGGAAAGAUAAAUUAGUUUCCAGAAACAUCAUGAAUGAUGCAAAGUUUAUUCAAAGCUUGGAACCCCCCUGCCUUAACUGUUCAAUUAUAUAAAUGCACUCUGCUACUGUCUUCUACAAAAAGUGUGCUGCUGCUACUUAAGGCAAACUCGUUUUAAUCCAGGACUUAAAACGAUUCCAGCUCCUCUUUUUGCAGGGCAUUAAUUAAACCACAGGUUGACAUUUUCCUGUUACUCUCAGACAAGGAGACUCCACAGAGAUUAAAAAUAUAUAUCGUUUUCCUGUAUUCAUUAAAUCAUCUUUACCGUCUGCUGCGUUCAAUGACAGCAGCAGGCACUAAGCGUGCAGGUUUGGAUGAGUGCUCUUUUAUCUAAUAAGCUCCUGCUGUGGUCGUAGCUGUGCAUUUAAUAAGUCUAACAAGUCAUGUCACCAUGGGACAUUAGCAGGCAGUGGAUCGAUACCCACGAGAUGGCAGUGCAUUAUCUUGACUUAAUUAUAGUGUCUCUAUCUCUAUAUCAGGCCUCACCUCCUCACUCCCAGCAACACACAUGGAACACAUACUGAACACUCUAGUAAUCUGGGGCCAUCUUGCUGAAACAAAUGAGGUGGACUAUGAUAACAUACAGCAACCCGGCUACAAAUCCCACGUAGCUGAGGGUUAAAGCCUUUUGCGAGGCUUUGUAAUCAUUGUGUAUUCAUUUUGUUCAAUUGUAAUAUGUUCACUAAUUGGUCCCUCUACUCAAUUAGCAACCAUUUUUGACCUUCACAAAAGGUUACAUACAUGCUGUUAUAUUAUUCUGCUGUUUUGUUCUGGAUUGUAUGACUGUUAGAAAUCAGAAAAAAAUUAUUACCAGUUAAUCAAGUUAACGAAAAGUAACAUUUUAAAGGAUUAUUUGACCAUAUUUGAAGAUCAAACUUUAAUCUACCUGUUGGUUUAUUUCAUUUCAAAGCUGAUGCUAAUGUUCAACAUUUCAAGCUGAAAGGGCCGAUACCAGAUUUUCACCUCAUGAUUAUCGUGGCCAUAAAAUAUCACAAUUAUGAUGUUGCUGGGAUAUGCUGUAAAUUUAAAAGAACACAAAAAGUGAUAUUGAGGAAAGGCAACAAAAAGGUGGCACAACUUGAAUUAUAUAUCCAUAUUUACUACAGAUUUAUUUACAAAAUAUUUUAUGAUUUAUCCACAUCACUUGUGCUGUAACUACAGCUUCCCCAGAGAAGAUAUUGACUCAUAAAAUUAUUUUUUGGCAUGCUUUUAUUUAUUUAUUUUUCUUACAUUUUAAAACCACGCUUUUAUUUUGAAGAGUAAGCGACUUCAUGUAUGUGAGUUACAGAACUGAAUUGAAAAUGGUCUGAAAGUACAGAGGUUUAAUUGGUUAUUAGCUCAAAGAGACACAAGCUCCAACAUUGUUUUUGGACGUACGAAAAAUCAUCAACCCUCAGCUUUUAAAAGUGCUGAGUCAUCUUUAAGAAAGCUGCAAGAUAGUUCACAGACGGUCUGCUGCUGCUCCGUCUCUUCGUUUGGCAGCAGCAUAAAGGACCACCACGAUGAACUCACGGUAUUACUGCUUUUAAUUUUUAGCAUGAUAUCAAUAUUUCAUAAAUUAAUAAAGAAGGAAUCUUUCAACACUGGCACAUACCCACAGCCCUACUUCAAGCUAACAUUACAUGUUAUUACAGCAUGUAAUCAUGCCAAGAAGGCACUAAGGAAGAGUAAUUUUAGCUUUGGCCAUCUCCAAGCUCAUUGAGGUAAUGCACUGUAAGUUGCUAAAUUUUAACAUUAACAUUUUUUUUUAACAUUUUCUGUUGGUUUCAGCUGCUGAUUGAAAGUGACUCUCCAUGACUUAUUUAUAGGACUCAGCAUUCAAGCUCUCUGUCAUGAGUGUAAAAAGGGAAAGUGGUUUAAACACAAGGUUUUUGUGCUUUAAUAAAAAGGAUAAGCGCUCAGUAGAGUAACUCAUUCCAUUACGCCCUUAUCCCCAUAUUUAUACUCCACCAAUACGUUACAUAACCAACCACAUGGCUGCUAAUGUGUUUCAACAUUUAUGUAUUAAGAUAGAUGGAGAGGAAAAGCCAAAGUCACUAAGGUUAUCAAGUGAGCAUCUCUAUACAUUGGUGUAAGUUCACUCAGGUCCAUGACAUCUUGUGGAGGCUAAGCAGCAACCAAACUGCACUGGAGCCACUCACCUUAAUGCUAACUCUAACAUCCCACCUAACCCAGGUUAAAAAAAUAGAGGGGGUUGCAAUUUCUACCUUGCUGCUAGGUCAAUAUAUAACAUGCAACCUUAUCAAGGUUAACAGAAGAAAAUAAGUGAUGUUGUUUGUUAACAUAUAUUAAUGUUUAAUUUACUCAUGCUGUCCAUUUAUUGUUGGUUUUGCUGUCGCACUAGCAAAGUACAAGGCUAGCCAGGUGUAUGCUACAUGGUAGCUGCAUGAACACACAAAAACAAUAUUAUUUCUCUGAUGAUGCAAGCAAGCAUGUUUGCCAAAGACUAAAAAUAAUGUGUGAGACUGUUGGACCAAAUUUUGAUCCAAAAAGUUGCUGUUUAGUGUGAUUUUUGAUUGUUGUGGCUCUCGCUAACUUAAAGCAUACUGCGUUAUCCAACUAGGAGAUGUUGUCGAUGCAGGGCUUUAACAAAUCUGCCCAAUUGAAAGGCAUCUUCUUGUCUACGAACUCACCACCUGUCUGUGCAGACUGAGUUUUAAACCGCAGACACACUCUGCACACAUGCACUGCCCUGAUUAAAUGUGGGUUAUACUAACAGCAUCAAUUUGAUGUUGAAUUGAUUGACAGCUGGAGUGAUAAAGGUUCCUCCUCCUGCCUUUCAAACUGGCAGAGUCAUGUCCGGAGGCUUCUUUACCCGCAUGAGUCCUUGACUGAAAUUAGAUUUUAACUGCAAUGCGGCUGGCUUGGAGUGCACAGCACACUGCUACCCACUUGGAAUAAUGUGUGUUAAUGGACCAUCCACUUAGAAUGACUCUUAAACUUAUACUGUCCAUAAAGAGCAAAUAAAGUUAGACAUCUGCAGGAUUAGAGAGAAGAGGAGGAGCUGAUUCGUCCAUGGGCACCAGCUUCGUCAUGCAUCUUGUGUUUUUAUAAAGUGCAGCUUUUAGUUGUCCGGGGACACCAAGCUGCCCUUGGAUUAACAAAAAGAACGCCAUAUGAACGCCAGACGGACGGAUCAGGCAGCCUGUGACAGACAGUCGUUGUUGGUUAUUAUCAUAACGUGCAGAUGUGUCCAUAUGCUGCUUGUGUAAUUUGAGCCUGAGAGGAUUUAAGAGGGGAAUAAUCUUCAGAGAUUUUCUCUUUUUUAUUGCCUGACACUAGUGAUUUGUCGGAAUUCGAUAUCCUUUACAGCUCACACACCACACAUACCAUAGCGGGCGUAUUUCCCUGUGCACACAAGAUUCAAGGUCAAACGCUUUGUAUUCAUGUGUGAAGCAUGUGCCUACAUCUUUUGCAUAUUUGUGCAAACACAUACUUACAUGUUCAGGGAAAUUAGUGUAGGUGUUUGCAACUGUGUGGAGGAAGGCUUCACAUCUUGCUCAAACUAUUACCUCUAACUGCUUCAUCUCUACAGUGGACAGUUGUUGAUAUUAGUAAAAUAAAGACAAAAAGAGUCUCACCUUAUAGGGAAAUUUACCACCAGUGACAUAAAGGCUAAUAUACAUGUCAAAAAUUAGAUCAACUUUAUCCUGUCAACAUGAAUUUUAAAUCAUCCAUAUAGUAUUAUACUGAAGGCAGAAGCUUUUAUAAAUAUUAUUAAAGAAAUAGAAAUUAGGGAUGUGGUGCUUUUAGUAGACUGUAUGCUAGUGUGCAUCAAAAUUACUGGUUGAUUUUAUUGAUUCUAUUUAUUUUAAUCAUUGCACUCCAGAAAUGUUGGUCAAAACCUUGCCAGUAGCCAGGGCAGUUGCUUAAGUUUUUAAGUCCUGCUGUAAUGUAGAUGUUAACCAUCACAGCUUACAGAUAUGGUGAAGCAGAGUUUGGCAGGAUUUAAUGAGAAAAUGGAGAUCAAGUUAAAUUGUAUAAUCAUUCUAGUAAAGACUAAUGGCUGGUGGUGCUAGCUCUUCCACUGGUAGCCAUGCUUGGCAGCCUAAUUUAACAUUAUUUACCCACAGAUGUUCUAAUCUUGUAAUUGGUUGUGUUAUCAGGUUGUCUCUUCCGUUUCUGGGUGUCAUUUUACCGUAAAGCUAAAAUUAAAAUUUAGGUUAAAAAAAAACAAGAAAUUGCACACCAGAACAUUAAAGUUAAAUGUCGGUAUUCCAAAUUUUUCUUGAAUGACAUUUAAAUACAAUGUUUUGCAGCAAAUUAAAACUCCAGGUGUAAAAAAAAGCUACUAAUAAUUCAAUUUACUCAACAGAAUGUUUCCUUCAUUUCCAACAUUAUGCCCAACAUCGUUAAGAUGUUUGGCUGUUGAGCAUGUGUCUGCUUUUGCUCAAGGUCUCUAGAAAAGGAGGUUUUCUUUUUUCCAAUAUUUUCAAAGUCUGGGCCUGUUCUUGUUUGUGAAAAACGUUGAAAUAAUAUUUGUGGUGAAUUAGCCUUAUACAUGUAAAACUUAGUUCAAUAAUGAAUUUUGUUUUUUCUUUCUUCCACAAGUAUUUUCAAUUUCUUCAUGAUGGAAUAUUAACCUACAGCAUUAUUCUCUUACAAAUUUAGUUCUCUUUUGUUAAUCACACUCCUCCAAUAAGAAACAAUAACUUGCAUUUAUCUUGGCGUACCAUUAUUCCUUUAAACUACACUUUAAAAGACCCCCCCAAAAUCUAACUCAUCUUUCAUUAUUCACUCGCUCUCAUAUCACAGUGCUGAAACUCAUAAAGUUUGCAGCCAGUGUCAGUUAUUCCCAGACACCUGUUGUCUGGAUUCACACUAUUCUACCAGCCAAGGCCGAGAGGGGAUACUGUGCGAUUCACACCAUCACCCCCCUUCACCACAUCGCUCCUUAAGACCCUGCUCUUUACACACUGUCACUCUCCUCAGAAUUCCUGGUGUGUGUUAUUGUGAGUCAGUGUUCUAUUGACGUUUGUCGUCUUUCAUUCAAUGGCUGUAAACCUUUUUUUUUAAAAACACUGAGUCAAUUAUUUACACUUCAUAUAUCAAAGAAGAGGAAUCCAUUGAUCAAAACUGCAAUUUCAUGUAUUUAGUUGUACAGAUUUAACCUCACAAAGCAAACCACUGUGCUAUCAUUCUUCCACCAAGAUCAGAUCACACAACCUCACCACAAAUGAAGCCUGAGCAGACAGAUGUAGGGUGUUUGGACCUAUCGACCCCAAAAAUUGAUUGUUUUAUCUUGUGUAGCGUGUCAUAGUGAGCGACCAUCAAGCACACGUUUGGGGCACUUCACAACCUCCAAAGAGAGAGUCUAGCAUGUUUGAGUUUUCUCUUUGUCUUCUACGAUUUGCUGCCUAACAUUAAAGGAUGGUCUUGGCAUCCCAUGAUCAUGAAGACAAAGUAAUCAUGAUAAACAUUACAUGCCACCUGCCUAUGUGGUGAAUGACCCCUGAAUAGGUCCCCUUUCAACCUGUAUUGACAAUGAUAAGGAGAGGGAGCGAUGUACAGGGUAUGACUGGCUCUCUCGUGUACCAAGCAAUAUCCAGAAUUGGCAGAAUCAAGAAUCCAUAAAAGCCUUCCCUCUUUUCCCUCUCCCCUUCUCAGAGCUAAUUGUUUCUGGCUGAAGAAGAACAUCACCAUCAAGAGCCCAGAUCAGUGCGCAACAACAUUUUGGCAAGCAAGGAAGCUGUGAUUGCCAAAAACUUUGUUGGGGCCUGCUGUACCUUGAGCACAUUGUGCGCCAGCAGCACAAAGAGCCAUUUGACUACAGGAUCGUGUUAAGAAGGGGAGCAGAUGAGUAGGAGUGUGUUGGUAAAGCAGAGGGACAGAGUGCACAGGAAUUGAGGGAGGCUGAGGGACUUAGAGAAAUUUUUAACUUAUGACUUGUAACCAAGAGGCAACUUUUUGGGCUGCAAAUUAAUUCAGUACAAAAAUGCCAAGAACUGCAGUACUACAAGUGGCCACUAGAGGCUGUCUCUGAAAAUGAAUAAGUCCCCAUAUGGCCUAAUGUUAAAAUUUGUACAAAAACAUUAUGUCUGUCUUUUCUUUUUUUAAUUUGAUUGUUUAAAUCAAAUUAAAUUAAGGCCAAAAUGAAUGCUAAUUAGGACAUGAUCACCUUAUGAGUUCUUCUACCCGUUCACUUGGGGUCGCCACCAUUUUCCUUGUCAGUGUACUUUACCAUUUGCACAAUCAGUCAAUUUUAGACAUUUUUUAUUGUAUGCCAGAAGUAAUGAGUUAUGGUGUCAAGUAAUCCUGAUCUCUGUAUCCAUCAAAAUAAUUGCGAUUAUGAAUUCUGCCACAACCAGGUAGCCUGUAAUGGUAAGUCCUGUCACUAUGAUUUACAGCUUAUACUGCUCUAAUAUUAAAAUCAGAGUCACCACCUCUCUAUACGUCCGACAUUACAAGCAAGGUUGGUAAAAUAUAAUGGAAACGGAUGGGUCACAUGGACGGAUGUGGGGCUGUAGAGUAUCUCUCUUGAAUAUGAAGCUCUUGUGUUGGCAUUAGCGGCCACAAACAUAUUUUAUCAUAUUUGCUCUGUAGAGUGUUUUAAAAUUGCGGCACAGAAAUCUCAACCUCUAUCCUGCAGUCAGACAACCUUAUUGACUCCAGAUGACAACACUGGGGAUAUUGAUGGAGGUGAUUAAGAUGCUGUUGAUGAAAACAACCUUGACACUUAAUGGCUUUAAUAGUUCCCACUCCGACCUCUGGGAUCUUAUUUUCAGCCGGACAUACUGAAAUCAUUCUGACAGUCCUCUGCCUCCACGCUAACACAUCUUCCUUCUAAAUCACAUCCUACAAAUGAAUUUUUACUCAGCGCAGCCUUUCACCCUCCAUCAUCCCCUCCUCUCUACUGUCAAGGUUUCCUCUGUGAGUAUACAGACAGGUCAAUUAUUCUUUCAGUCUCUUGGUGUCUCUGUAAUUCUGAUUGAGGACGAGUUGUCAAUAUCUGCAGGCCCUGCAGCAAGGAGUGUCCCUUUGCAUGAGGAGGGUCUGAUUAUGUGGGGGAAGAGGAGGGGAUUUGUGGAAACGCCUUUGUAUUUACACAGGAAGCGCAAUUAUUAACUCUGUGGAGCGUGCGUCAUGAGCAGAAGGAAAACACACGCUUUGAACACACAUGUACACAAAAACAGACUGUGGAGCAGAUUGGAUUGGACCACCAAUUAACAGGCGAAUCAUCCCUCCCAUCCUCCUCUUCUCUCCUGAGUCGUUGUCUUCUUUUUGCUGUCAAGAACAAGGCCACCAAUCCAUCUAUUUAUUCCUUUAUUGAUCUAGCUUUUGUCCAAUCCCCACUCAAUAUGUGCUUUUUUCUUUCUAUUUUUAUUUUUUGCAUAAUUUCUCUCUCUUUAUUUCUUCCACCUCAACCUCUCCUGCUUCUAUUCAAUGUAAAUAUGGAGCUAAAUGCCAAGUUAUAGUACAAAGGAAGAUAUCAAGCUAAAAACAUGAAUUCCACAUGACUUCACAGGAAUUCUGUGCUUUAGUUUAAUUUUUGCUGGAUAUAUUUCACCACUUUUUUUUCCAUCAAAACCUCCUGGAUGUUGUGUUUUUGUAAAUGUGUUACAGAAGCUUCGCUAAGAAUUGAAUUUGUGGACAGACAGCACAAAGGUUUAGCUUGCUAGCUAGCUUGUAUGUAAUUUAAGUAAGAGCAGGUGUACAACGUACCUUGGAAUAUGAUCAGUGUACAUCACUGAGCCUACCUCAUUACUAAUUUUUUGAUAAGUACAAAACAAUUCUUCCAAUUCUUCAAGACUAGCUAGUUUUUCAAGGGUAAGGUUGAUCUCGCCCACUGCUCUCUCAGUUUUGAAAAGAAAGUUACAUUUACAAGAGGACAACAGAGGAAAAAACAAGUAACUUAAAACUCAAAUGUGUGUGCGAAAAACAUUUUUGAUCUCUAUAAGUUAGUUGUAGUAUUAGAUUUAGUAAAAAAUUGUAUCAUUGCUAAAGCAGGACAUUAGUUUUUCAAAAUCAUUACCAACAAAGACUAUAUUCAGUUGCGAUUUACCGUCAAUUUGCCUUAUCAUGGUCAGAAUAAAAACAAGAACUGCACAUUAUUUGCCCCUUAUUUCUGUCUUAACCUUCAAUUCACAAAGCAUAUUACUACAAUGAGACUCAAGCAUAAUGUCCAUUAAGUUUUGGAGCUCCGUGCAGUUUGCUCUUGUGUUGCGUCUAACUAUAGCGAUAAGCUGUCAGCAUCUCAUUUCUCUGCUGCUCAGAGAUGUGCAGUCCAUUGUGAAGACAAUUCAGGAUAUAUUUGGAUCAGAUUUCAUCAUUUAUAACAAAGCUUCUCGCAACAAGUAAUUUAAGAGACUUGAUGCGCUGACGAGGCAUUUUAGAUAGAGGUGUAAUUGUUUUCUUGAUCACUGUAAAGUUUGAGUGUUAUCCUUUUAAACAAUGAAAUGUAAUCACCACUAACUUAAACUAGAUGGUAUAGUUUUCAUCGCAGCCGUACGUGGUUGUAUGAAUCAUUGUAAGUGAAUGGAAGUGUUUUUGGAUUCUCAUGGAAAGACCAAUCUUGGCACAAAUUAGCCUAUUAUGCUUCAUUCUGAUAUGAUCAAACAGCACUGGCACACCAAGAUACUUUUUGUUCUGAAAAUGUUCAAAUUUUUUGGUGCAGCAACUUUUACAAAGAGUCUCUUUUACAAAGAUUGAAUUGGUACAAAAGCUGAGGCAAUCUUUUAUGAAGCAAGCCUUAAAUGUACUCCAAGGAGAGAAAGGAUCUGCAAAAACGAUUAGUAAUAAAAAAAAUGGAGAAGGUCCUUCAUGAAUAUCAUUAAAGUACAACUAAAAGUUAUGGCCACAUCAAGAAAUUUUUAAUUUUGGUUUUGAUAUUUCUCUGAUAAAGCCAGAGCAUUAGGUGGUCAAAGUUGUGAUGUGCUCUCUGAAAAGAAAAGAAAAAACUAGACAAGAAGAAAGUUGUAAAUUAGGAGGAAAGAGUUAUGAAUUGUUGGAUAAAUAAGCUCAUAAAUUUACAAGAUUAAUUAAAUAUGACAAGAAUAAACCAGCAAUUUUACAGGAAAGAAAUCUUGGUAGAAAAACUGAUUGGCUAAUUUAAGAGAAUAACCUCAUUAAUUUAAGACAUUCAUCUUGUAAAUUUACAAGAAAAAGGCUGUUUGCUUCAUUAUGGAUUGUCUUUGGAGGUAAACUCAUAUCUGAUGACAGGCAGCAGUUACAGAAGUGUGAAAAGGCUGCUCUUCUUUUCUUGCACGAUAGAUUCUGAAUCGCAAUUAUUUUGCCGUUUGGUGCGGAUGUGCCAAAUUAUCUUUCGAGGCAUACUUAAGUAUAAUUUAAUGAGAUGCUCUUUGUUUCUUGUUUCAGUGCAGUGCUCUUCUGAUCAGCCCCUUUAAAGUAAGACAGGAGCUGACCAUAGCCUUUUUUCCCCUCAACAAUUAAAGAUAAAAUCUCUCUCUUUUUUUUUUUUUAAUAAGAUGGCCCUAAUACUUUAACAAAGAGGAGAGGGUCUUGUUAAAGUGACAUACAAAUCAAGGAAGAUCACAGAAUUAUGGUGUGUUAAUUUGCACAUAAUUUGCUGAACAAAACCAAAAAGUGGAAAACAACAGAUGGUUGGAAACAAAAAGAGCAUUAUAUGUCACUUUCACUCUUCAUGCUGCCUUAAAACAAUGUGUCUGGCCCACCUGGACUCAGGUUGAAAGGUUUUUCUCUGUCUCUUUUCUCCCUUUAUUCCGUGCGUAUCACUCUUUUCUGGUCUUUCUCUGUUCUUCUGUCAAUUUUUUUUCCUGGCUGAACCCGAGGCUAACCUCCCUUUGUUCUAGCUAUAAGAACUUAUGAUCACAUUCCCUGUUUCCAUACAUAAAAGAAGAGAGGAGGACUGUGAAAGGUUUCUGUUUUGUCAUUUGAAGCUCUCCUGGUGGUUCUCAUUGUCAGAGAACAGCUGAAUUUGCUUCAGGGGGGAUAAAACUCAACUCGAGUUGAAUUUUGUCCCGAGUCUCCAUUAUUUUGCUCUCUCCUCACUACCCUUCACCUUGUCCGUUCAUCAUCUAACGUUGACAAACCCUGAUGGGGUCUAUUGUUGACCUUGGGCCCUCCAUCACCUUACUGUCUUCAUCUCUAUCUUUCAACUUUUCCCUUUUGCUCUGACGGGAUUCCUCUCCCGCCAUUGCUCUUUUGAUUCACCCUCUUUCAUCACCCUCCGCACUCUCUCUCAGCUUACCUUGUCACUGCUCCAUCACUUUCUACUACCUUUUUCUUCUCUCUCCUUUCCCCCCGCUGAGCUCUUUGUCAGUCCAAGGAGAACAGUCAGAAGCACCCAGGCACAUCAUGGGAUCAAGGCAACCCUCUGAGGCUAUUUAGCUGCUGCGAGGGGGUUGGCAAAGGUGAUAAAUUUAGAGGGAGCGCACUGGCAAAUGGGUUGAAGGAAGGAGAAAAUUAGUUGUCACAAAGGUUGCAUCAAAAUAGGGUGAAGAUGGUUUAGUAAGGGAUGAAAGAGGAAGGGUGGUGAAAGUUCAAAAGAUUUAAAACUAAGAGGGUGAGGUUUGUGAAGUGGACUGAAAUUGAGUUGAAUAAGCAGUUAUGCUAAUGGGAAUACUAAGCCAAGGUUACAGAAGGCAAAGAAAGACAAAAAAACGGAGGAAAGGCAAGUCUCUCAGAUUAACCAGAAGCAGUUAGGUUACUGUCCAACAAAAUUAUAUUGAUAAAUGAAAAAACGUUGUCUGAUCUGAAUCUAAGGCUAGGAAAUAUGGCCUAAAAAUAAGAUUUCUGAUAUUUUCACACCAAAUUUGAUUACAAUUCUGUGAAUUUUUCCUUUCCUUCUUGAUGAAUAAACAGUGGAUUUACUGAAAAACCCUAGUGAUUAGCUCAUCUUUACAGUUAUCUGGUGUAAGCUAUUAGGCAUUUCCACUGUGUAUAUAAACCAUAAAGGCUAAAACAGGAUCUGUAUUGAGCUCGUAUUGACAGUGUCGCAUAUAACGCAGCAAAUAGGCUGCCAUUUUUAUCAAUGCAGCAUCACGUAUCGAGCGCAGCACAGCUAAAGAUACACGACAAGUUUAUUUUUACUGCUCUACGCUUCCAAUACACGUCAAUCCAGAUGGACAAUAUCAUUCAAGACAGGAUGUCAAGCACGAAAACCGUGCAUGUCAUCUGGUAUUUCAAAAUAAAACACCAUAUCCAAACUCCUGACUGUGUAUCAGUUUGUGUAGAUGAGAAAUACUUCCUGGUUAUGGAUUUAUCAGUAACACAGAACAAUCCGAUAGUCAAUCCCUGAUCCAUGUGGACCCCGACAGGACUUUUAACUGCUAACUCUGUCGUAAGGUAACAGCACAUUAUAAAGGAACAUAGUUUACUUUAUUAGACAUGAGUAAACCUGCAAAAACCCAAACUGUAAUAUCACGUUGCUUUUUCACAUAUAGUAGAGGCUCAAUGGUCACUGAUUUAUAUCCAAAUUAGCAAGGAAUAGACCACAGGAAGGCACAACAACCUGUUGUGAGCAUGUUGUUUCCUCUAUACUGACCAGGGCUGCACUACGCUGCUGCCACACUCCAAAUACACAUCCUGUAUGCGAUACUCAGAGCUGCUCUACGGAGCAAAUACAGAACGCGCUCAAUACGGAUCCUGUAUGUUUUCGGCUUAAUACACAGCACAGCUACAUCAGUAAUAGCUUCCACUGUGUCCUUUUCUUGCCAUACAAUAUAAAAAUAGAAAAUGAUUCUCCAAAUGUUAGCCAGUUUUUAGCAGGUGUUUGUUGGCUGUAGUGGUCUUGUGCAUCUCAUAAUGAGACACAUUUCUCCCACUUGGCUGCAUGUCUCUAUUUAAGAUGUUUUAGUUGUUGAUUCUGGGAACUCUACUGAUCUGCUGCUGCAGGACUUCACCAUUGUCUAUAACACAGUGAGUCAUAGGGUCCUUCUGUCAAGUAUUGUUGACCUAUGAACUUAUCUCUGGGUUAGGGUGCCACAAGGCUCUAAUCCCGGCCCAGUGCUGUUUUUGUUGUAUCCGUCACAGUUGGGCUUUUCAUUGCUUUACAUAUGAUACCUACUUCUACCUGCCCUUAAAAUCAAAAUCUUAGGAUUAUACACUGCUUAACUGUUUGGAAGAUGUCCAACCAGGAUGUUCAAAGUCUAAAUGGAAAUAAGACAGAAAUUGAUGUAUUUGGACAAUCUGGGUGAUCGUGCUGCUGCCCUUGGCCCCCCAGCUGUCAUCAAAGGUCAGUCUUUUUUUAAGAAAAACUUGGCGUAAGUUUUGACAUUUCAUUCAAUAAAACAAAAGUUCUUAAACUGGCUUUUUCCAGCUGAGACUUGUAGCUAAGCUUGAAUCAUAUCUUGGUUCAAAUGACUCUAAGGGGGUGAUCCAUGCCUAAAUUACACAGUAUGGUGAAGACCAGCUUUUUUUGUGUGAAUCAUCUUGGGAUAACACUCGUUAUGAAUUGGCGCUCUAUGGAUAAAGAUUAAUUGGUUGAUUGAUUGAUGAAGGCUGGUUUACUGUAAUUCUCUGUCUUUCAUUUGGAUCAGUUGUCUUUGCAGCACCUUCUGCUUGUGCAAAUUGCUGCUCAAUGUCCAAAUUUAAGCGUUUUUGCACUGGCUUCCUGUCAAUUUCAGGAUUGAUUUAAACAAUGUAUUGAUUGUUUUCAAGGCUUUGAAUGGAUUGGCGUUGAUCUUAUCUUGCUGAACUCCAUCACACUCUGGUUUGAUCCGUAAGAUCUACUAAACUGCUUGUGUAGUAUUAGCUUUAAGUCCCUCAUUUGCUCCUGGGAACCACUUAAAAAAUGUGUGUACCCUGUCAUUAAGUGUGAUCUAAUAAAUCUCUGCCACUUCAGGAUGACUUUCGCUCAUAAAAAACUUUGACAUCAAUAAAACAUCUAUCAUAAAUUUUGUUACUGUCUUAUGAAUAUGGCACUUUGACAGUAACUGAGAUCGGACCAGCUGUUGCUAAGAGUCCCACAGCACAGGCCACCUUUUCGUUUUUAUCUGACACAUAAAUAUUCUCGGCACACAUGAAGAAACUAAAGCAUACAUAAACUUGUCCCCCUCAAGAAAAAAUGUUUAUGGCUUUCACGUACAGACAGUUGCCCUGAAGUCUUGUAUCGACCUCUCCCUAAAUGUCAUUGCAAGAAGUUCUUCGGUAAUAUCACUGGUGGAAACAGCUGAUGUUUGCUGUGAUCUAUAAUCACUUCACAUCUAUAAGUGCCCCUCAGGGAAGGAUUCAUGCGCAGGGAGUGCCACACCAUCUCAGAGGGACAUAUAGCCUGGUGUUUUAUUGUUGGGGGGCUGGUGAUGAAAGGAAACAGGACACCUUAUCGGUUUCUUCUCUGUAAAGUAGGAUUGCAGAGUUGAAUGUGGAUGUUUUCUGGAUUCCUGUGCAUUUUUGUGUAAUUAUUCCUAUUAUUAUUAAGAAAAACAGCCUGAAAAACUUUUGACUUUCUUUCAAAUGCUAAUGGAAACAAAACUUUAGCAGUUUCAUUAAACACAAACUCAAACUGAACAAGGACUGUUUAGUUAAAGCUGCAAUGUUCUUGCUUAACGUCAAAGUGUUCAUGCUAGCAUUAGCCAUGUUUACAUGUGCAAAAUUUCUUGAUCCUUAAAAUUUGAGGGAUCAGAUAAUCUGAAUCCAGUGUUUAUAUGUGUGCAAAAUCCAAUAAUCCAGUUGUCUGAUUUCGCUAAAAUAGCUGCAGAAGAAGAGUUGUAUUUACGCCUGUGCUGUCAACAAACCAACAAGCCAAUUCAGGAUGUUCCCAUGUUAAAUGUUGUCACUAGAUGGCGCCCUUGCGUACUUAUUUAACUGUUCUGUCAAAAAUUGCGCUGUGCGUGCAGAUGUGACAUCAUCACGCUGUAUGUACGCCUUGUUAUGUUAUCGGAGGAGCAGACUCGGCACCUGCGGUUGUAUUUUAUGCCAGAGUGUUAAUGAUGAAACUUCCUGUACUGGCCUCAAUAAACAAGCCAAAGGCUAAAGAGUGAAGACCGGCUCAGGAUAGAGAGUCACGAUCCGAUUAAGUGUUUACAUGGACGUGUUUCGGAAUAACAAUUGGCAUAAACCACCCCACUUCAUCCGAAUACAAUUUCUUUCCGAUAGAGCCAUAUUGGAUCAGAAUCUUCUGAUCGACAUGUUCGACAUUUUUAUCCCGAUCGGGCCUUUAUUUUGAUUAUUUGUGCCCAUGUAAACGCAGCUAAUGUUUCAUCAAUGAUGUUCAUUAAUUACAUGAAUCUACACUGGUGUGUGAGAUAUGUUCCCUUUUUGGAAAACAUGCUUAAUCUGUUCUAAAACUGCUUAUUUCUAAGCGUAUUGUUACAGAAAUUAAAACUAUGAUUAAAUGGUUAAUCCGAAGACAAGAGAGGGUACGGUUCAGUUAAAAAAAUGAUGAAGCUUGUUCUCUGUGUGAAGUUUAGGAUUAGCUGUUUGAUAAAUUUUGAAGAGGCGAGGGUGAGAAACAUUCCUUCAUAUCACUCCUGACAACACAUUUGAGUUAGCAAGAGCUGAAGGCUGGAUGAACGAACGACUGUACCUGUGUAUUUUUUUUAAGCGGCUUCCUUGAGAAUACUAUCAUCUCCUUGAAAGAUGGGAAAAGGAGGAGAAAAACGUCAGUGUGAAUUGAAGAGGACAACUUUUUUACAGUUCAGAACUUUAAAUGAAAAGUUGAAGAUAGAUGAAACAGUGAGCGAAGAGGGAAGAGUUCAGACCAGAUGGGGAUUAGAGUACUGAGGAAGUCUCUUGGGUGGGUAGUGUUAGAAAAUGGUGUAGUGAAAUCAAAAGGCUUGAAGGAGGAGAGAGGAAAGGAAGGAGAGAUGAAGGGAGGAGUAAGAGGAAAGAAGUCUGGCUGCUAUGAGAGGCGGAGAUUGAUGAUUAUUAAUAGUAAUGCUUGAUUAGCAUGGCUGCAGUCAAGAAAGUGAUACGGGCCAGCCUAGCAGCUUAACUUCACUGACCCUGUUCCGAACUGGACGCCCAUUUUUCAUCCAAAAAUAGUAUAGGAGGUCAUGUAUAAAUCAGAGGGAAGAGGCACUGUUUCUUACUGGGCUUCCCUCUUGCACCUAGCUGGCCUUUUCCCCAAGUUUAUGUCCAUCAGUCAUUCACAGGUAAGAAGAAGAAGAAGAGAUUUGAAUGAAAUAGAGCUGUUGAAAAGAUUUGCACUUACUUACAUAAAUGGCAAAGCUUGAUGUUUUUUAAGUGUCCCUACUGAUAGAAAACUCCUGGAUGCUUGAUCUGAACAAUUUCAGGGUUCAUGUAUGAAGGUUGAUAUUAAUUCUGAAGUGAUUGUACAGUUCUUGAUGUUUCUUUGUGGUUAUAUGGUUGAUAGAUUGGCCCAUUAGGAUGAGGUGGGGGCAGAGAACAGCUUGAAAAAAUGCAAUGUACUAUCUUUUACAGUCUCCCCAACAAAAUGAGAUCGGAUUAAGAUACACAGACUGUAUAUCAACAAGGCAAUUACCUUCACACAGCAAUGGUUUGCUCCCAGAAUAAGGACACAGGUGUGAUUUCAUUACUGUGCUUACUUGUUUUAUCUUUCAAGGUCAUAUUUUAAUUACACCUAAUAAGACAAAAUAUAGUCUCCCUCUGUGCUCUAGGGAAGCGUAACCCAGUCAAACUGCUGAUACAGUGGAAGGCGUGAAGUUGCUCUUGAGAAUUAAUUUCCUCUGAUUCAAUAGCUGAUCACAGAGAAUUUGAAAAAUGUUGCAUGUGCUUGUAAAGAAGAUGAAUGAACAACAAUGAAUAUUCAUAGGCAGAGCUAUGCUAAAGUAGAUGCUUUCAGUUAAUUAAUGAGAUGGACUAAAGAAAUUUUGUUUGUAUGGCACUAUGAAAAUUCAUGGCUUUUAAUGCUGAUUGCCUUUUAAAGCUCGAAUAGUGGAGGUCACAUCAGUAUUGCUUUAAGGCAAAAGACUGAAUGUAAAGUUUCAAAGUGGUAAAGUCUUUAUUUGGCCAUCAUGGUUUUCUUGUGGUAAAAUGUCUUAUACAAAAACUGUAAGGUACAGAAUCAGUUUGAUGUUAGUUUUGAGGCCCAAAAAUGGAUUCCCUAUGUUAAAAAUGCUGACUGAUCCAGGGGUGGAGCCAUUUGUUGGCCUCUUGAAUUCUGCUUGGCCACCCUAAUAGCUAACCUAAAAUCUGAUACCGUGAUUGGCUAUUUGCCUUAUCAGAGGCUGCACUUACAUUGAAAUCAACUGUUUCAUUUGUAACUGACAGACUGCUUGUAACUCCUUUGCAUAUCAAGGUAUCACUUUAAAUGGUGGCGUUGUACCUGCAUAUCUUAUGAUCAAAAAUUUGCUGUCCUGUUUUUACCUUUGGGAGUUAAAAGUAAUAUAUAUAUAUUUUUUUUUAACUUCUUCAAAUCAUAAAUUAAAGUUUAUGCAAUUAGUAGAGAAGAGCCCCUCGGGUCUGAUGUAAGCUCCCAGUCUACCACUUUACCAUUCCUACAAAAGUCUGUACCCCAGCUUGGCCGGUUCAGCCUCUGGACUUAUUCGGUUGUCUAUCAACCUAGUAAUAGAUAAAAAAAGAGAAGGGUGAGGCAGGCCUUUGACCUUUUGGUAUUAAUUGAAAUCAACCCCCUUUCAAGUGGAAAUGGGCUUUUCAGACCCAAAAUCUAUUCUAUUCUGGGCUGUAAACAUGUUUAUUACCGCUGUAAAAAUUGGCAUUUUAACAAGGGUGUUAAUGGAGUCUUGUGAGCGUCUUGAACCAUUUCCAAGUGGGCACUUAAGGAAGUGUAUUUUUUUGGCACUUCCGCAUUGGCUUCAUUUUUCAACAUCAGAGAUCGCUGCCGAGUCAAACCAUUAGAUGAAUUAGAAACGUCACCAACCCAGACAUUCAUGUCCCUUUAGAACAACUCAGUGAAAUAUGAGUAAAACUUUUGAACUUUGGAUUAGGUUGCAACAACAAAGUGAAACUGCAGUUUCUCAGAUGGCCACUUGAGGCACACUCCAAAAUUCAGUCAAUUUUCAUAAAGGUCAAUGUCAAGAAGCCUUUUCAACAUAAUAAAUAGUAGUUAGUUAGUUUUAAACCCGUAAUAACAGGUGGGUAUGUAAGCACAAGCAGUAUUUUGGCAGUUAUUAGCAUCCAACCUUAAGUAAAAGAUCAGGUAAUGCCGAACUCUAUCCGUGCUAAAAGCACACAGUUACAUAUAAAGUGGCACAAACACACUCUGAAUUGGGAAACUGGUGCUCAGUGUGGGAGAUAAUUAGCAAACCUUAGCAUACCAACUUGCUUAAUUUGAAUGGUAUCUUUAUUGAAACAUCUGCAUAUCAGUGUUGUUGUUGCACAUACAGUUUACUUGCAUGCUGAUGGUGUAAUUGAGCUCAGAGCCACUGUUCAAUCAUGAAAUCACACUCUCACUCACACACAUAAAACAAGACACACACUCAUACUCUUAUUGUUGCCAAGUGUGGUCGAGCUAGCCUGUCCUGUACCUGCCAGGAUUAGACAGUGGACAGUGGUGAUAACAGCAAGCUGAUCCCCAGGCUUCUACACUACGCUUAUCUAAUCCAUUCCCCCACUGCUAAGCAUGUGUGUGCAUGUGUGUGGGAUGCAUGGCUUCAGGCAUGUGUGUAUUUGUUUUUCUUUACACAAUAGCACAUUCUCUCGCUAUCGGCAGCUCUGUAAAAAUCAAUAGGCAAUAAUAAAGCACACUAAAAAGAUAGAUCUGGCUGCAUUUAACCAUCAAGCUUAACUGAAGAUCAACUCUGCGGAUCAAUAAUUCAGAUUAAGAACCUUUAUAGAGGAAGAAAAUCAUUGGGGGGCCUCUUUGAUUCAGGACAAUGGCCAGCUAAUGGUUUUUUUAAUAAAGGUACAUUUGUAACAUUUUCUCAACCGGCUCUUUAUGAACAGGGAACAAUUCUGCAUUGAUAAACUUAAUUAAGUUGAGUAGAUACAUCUAAUUUUAUACCAAUAUGACUACACCUGAACUAAUUCAUAAUUUAAAGCCUCCAGUAAGGAACUGUGUGUUUUGUUGGUUUUGGCACCCCCUGUGGACAAAGAAGAAUCGCUUACAUCUUUUUUAGUGUUGCUGUUCAUAAAAAUCAUAUUAUCACAACUUCAGAGUCAUUAGCAGUUUCACUACCUAUACUUUUGUAAUAUUUAGUGGAAAGACCAGAAGACCAAACAUUUCCAAAGAGCUGGUAGUGUUUUUUGUCUUUGACAACAUUUUGCCGCCGCCUCAACUUCCAACAUAUCAUACUCAAACCUUUUGUCCUCUCAUUUCUGUGGCUAACUCACUUUAACCCUUUCAAAUUUCAACACAGAUUUGAACACUGUAAGAUUGCUCAUUCUGAAAAGGAAUCGUGACUAAGCUAGGUUUUUUUUUUCCAUGACGACUUUCAACAAGGGAAGAUGAUGACUGUCUCAAGGAAGCUCUGUUAGGGUUAGGGCUGGGCAACAUGGGACAAAAAUAAUAUCUAGGAUUUUUUUCACAAAAAAUUCUAUUAACAGUUUUUUAUCAUUAUCUAGAUUUAGAUUUUUGUAAAUCUUAAAAACUGUAAAUGCAAAUAAAUCUAUUUAUAACACUGCCCUAAAACACACUUUAAAAAAUUAUUUAAAGUGCAAUGGUGAUUUGAUUUGUUUGACAUAAUGUGACAUGAGAUAUAACAUUAUGUUGUAAGACCUGUGAGACUCAAUGGCAAAACUGAUACGCUGAAACAUAAUUGUUUUUUGGGCCAAUAAUAAAUAAAUGUGGAACUGGGUUUAAGUUCCCAUCCCUAAUUCUUUAAUUUACUGCUCUAUAUUAAGUUCAUACUAAAAGGCUUGGGUUUAAUUCACCUGGAAAAUGUAUGGCCUCAAUUCUUAGUUUUUUUUUAACGUCAGUUUCUUUAUGUAGAUACAUAAGUAACCAGAGACACAUAUAAAUAACAUUGACCUCAGUUUAAACCUCAAACAACAGAAGCUGAAGGGCUGUAUGAGCUACACUAAACCAAUCAUUCCAAGACACAACACUUAGUUAAAUAAAUCAAUGCAGUGCACUGAUACACUAACAUGAAGGGAAGAACUCCAAAAACACAAUCCCCUCAAAGACUGUCUGAGUAGGACAAGGGUUCAACCCCAGUUCACAAACUGCAUGUAUUGAUAGCAAGGGAGAAUGUUUGCAUGCGGAGUGUUCCCUUUUCUUCUUCAAAACUGGGUUUUCUACUUCUGCUUUCUGCGGAAAGUCCUAUAAACAUACACACAACAGUCAAGAGGACACUGCAGGCUCAUAUUCCUUUUUUAAGCCUUCCACCUUCUCACCCUCGCCUGCUUGGCACCCUCAUUGACUCAUAUAAAAGCAACAUAUUCACACGUUCAUGCAGCUGUUCUAGUAGGCUGGGGAGCUGGCAGCCCCGCAGCAUGGUUAGGUUUCCCACACUUAAGAGAGAACAUGAUGAUGGGGACUUCCCAUGAAGGAAACCCCAGUUCAAGAGAGCUCACAGGUUGAUCCUAUGUUGAUGGACAAAACCAUACAAUUUAAUUAUUUGUCGUUUUUUUGUUUGCGCAAUACCUUCUAUUAAUUUUUUGGUUUUACCAACAUUGGCUUCAACAACAACAACAACUAAUCCUCUCUGAAAUAAUCCAAAAUAUUUCAAGUAUUAACUUUUCUGCUUUGGCUUGAGUACAUUUAAAUUUUGGGGAAGAUUUUAAGGGACAUUGUAAUUAGAGGAAUUUGUUAAAGGCAAGUUUCAGCCAUGUUAUCCAAUGAGUCGAGCUUCUGGGGUUCAUAAUAAAAGUUUAACAUACAACAACAGGUUGUCAAUGUUAUGGUGACCAAAGACAAAAAGGUUCAGGGUGAUAAAGGAGCAUCCGAAGAGAGAAUAGAAGAGGACCAAGAGUAGAACCUUGAGGAACACCACUAUCACAACACCACUAGUACCACGUGUGAUGUAACUAUUGAAAAGAUGUAAAUGUGCAUCUAUGAACAACUUAGCUUUUGAGAUGGAGCAGGUAGAUGGCAUGAUAAACAACCACAAUCUGCAGCAGGGUUGUACUUGGAAAAAAGUGGUACAUUCUUCUUUUGGCCAUUGAUUGAAAAAUAUGGAUGUAGUGGUAGUGAUGUCAUCAAUUGGUUUCUGAAACAGAGUAUUUCAGGUGCAAAAGUGGUGGUCACCAAAUUGGCAAUACUGAUUCAGCCUAACUUUAAAUGAACCUCGCAAGACACAAGGAGGUCGAGACUGGGUGGGUCUAUAGCCUUGUGGCUAACAGCUGCAGUAUAAUAUAUAUAUAUAUAAUUCAAAGUUUCACAUUCUGCUGUAUAGGACUAGGUUAAUUUUUAAUGUGGCUCAAUAGUUGAUGUUUAGGUCUAAUAUCAGUGUCUAAUAGUAUGACAAUUUAAAAGGAACCAGCCAAAGACUCUUCAUGGACUCUUCAAGACCAAAAUUGGAGCCAAAAAGGAGCCUAUAUUAAAAUUCCAGUCAAUUUGAAUGAUACUUAAACACUUCUCAUUUAGCUGGUGAUAUUAUACAAAUGUUUUUUUACUAUCUCUCAAUGGCAACAUAACCUUAAAGACCUCAUUUAACUGGCCAGUGGAGAGAAAGAACGCUUUGAAGAUAAUCAGCCAAGAUCAACAAUCUGUAGAGAGUGGCCGCAGAUAAGCUCAACCACAACUUGUCUUUAUAACUCCCGGUUGAAUAAAUCAAUGUGGCGUAGUUUAUACAGUUCCACUGGCAGCGCACACAUGGAGAUAUCGCAGUAAAUCAAUCUCAUCCUCCCCAUUUCACGGUGAAUUGUUUCUUUUCCCCACAGACCUCUUUGAGGUAAAGGUCAGGGAGGGAGGUUGUGUGUUUGUAACGACGAUAGAUUGGCUGUGAGGCCACACACCUUCUGUGGUGUUCUGUAUCGAUCUUUGUGUGCAGUGCAUUAUGUUACCAAAGUAGAUAACAGCCUACCUCCAAAGACGCUCAUACAUCAGCUGAUGGUGCUGGAACAGAUUCAAAGAGAGGUUAACGAACAUUUAUCUUUGUGUUUUAUCAAAACAGAGAAUGAUCAGGCUGUGGAGUUAAGUCUUCAUUUCUUUUAAUUGAGUUUGUAGUCAAUACAGAAAUAUUUUUAUUAGUAGGGCUCUCUCAAGUCAGUCAGAAUUGAUUUUACUCACUGGUUGAUAAUUCACUCUGAUCCUCAGUGGAACCUAGAUGAAUGUGGGUUUUUAAUAGUCACUGAACCACAUCAUGGCAGACUUAAAUGAGUGAGUUUAUUUGGAUUUCCUCAGGCUUGAACUAGAGAAUAUUACCGUAUGUGAGGUUGGUAACAGGUGGAAAUGUACAGGUCACUCAGACUGUAUUUCCUCUGGGAAGGACAUAACAGAGGAAUUGUCAAGCUCAGCAUUCUGUACAGUGCGGACAGAACAGUGAGGACGAUAAUAAUACAUUAUCGUUUCUGUGACCUUUCUGUUUCUGCUUAAUGUUUCUUCCUGCUCUGCAUCGACAACACAGAUUUUUCAAGUUUGGAGUAAACCUGUGGCACUUGUUUGGAACAAGUUUGGUCGCAUCCAGUAGUCAAGUUUAGCAUCAGCAUUUGUUGGGAAAGUAAUGCCCAGUGAGGGAUCUAUGCACAAAAAAGAAACAUGUUCAUCAUGCCUAGAGAGGAUCAAAUGAUUUUUUAUACAGCUAAAAGUUUCAACUCCAAGAGCGGAGACCAAGUCCAGGGAUUUGAGGGUGGAAGCAGAAGCAGCAUGUUAAGUUAUAAUGACCUUUGUGAACUUUUCUCUUGGUUUCUGUCUGUGAACAGGUCUUCUUGUGUUUCUUCUGUGCAGCUUUAAGGAGUUUAAAGCGUAUUAUACCUGUGCUUUAGCCGCAGCUCUGCUCUCCUUCUCAUCCUGAUCAGAUGAAGAAUGAUGUAUUUUUUUGUUUUUUUGGAUUUAAUAGUUUGAAGCGAUGUGUUGUGUUUGCCCUUUAAAAUCUACAAAUUUGCGCUUGCUUAUUUGAUAUGAAAAAGAUUAUCUGGGAGGUUAUCCUGAAAAUCACAGAAAUCAUGUGAGUUUACAAAUGAAGCUUUUAUUCAUUUAUUCAAAUUAAACUAGGGUUGUUUUUGUUGGGGUUGCACCACAGAUGCAGCUGUGUUUGAAGUGUUCAUCAUUAUGUUAUGUUACGAUUACAGUUUUCAAAUAUUUAUCGCAACCUUCAUUUAAACUUCUUGAAACAGCCGCGAAGGAAUCAGACAUUUUUGGUGGCAAUAUUUCCAAGAAGAAAACAAAGUGUUCACAAUCCUGGCGAUAAUGACGUGUGUGUCUGCACAAAGAUGGCAGAGGAGAGAAGAGCAGCAGUCAAAGUCAGGGGUGACUCUUUAGAAGUGGCGAUCGGGUUCAAGAACAAAAAAAACCAACACUCAAAGCACCGUGAAGUGCUGAGCUCGGCUUUCACAGUGUGAGGAGGAAGACGAUGCUCUGAUCUGGACUGGGCUGACAAACUGAAUUCUCCUGCGAUAUUUCAGACACAGCUGAGACUCAGAUGGCCCGUGAAAACUCUGCGCCUCUUUCAUCUAUAACAGCUCAAGGAUAACACUCUUAAGAAAUAGAAAACACUGAUAUGGACACCUCGCUGGUUGUUCUAUUUUGCCCUCCCUUCCUGUGUUUCUUUAUUACACUAUUUUCUUUAUUUGAUUUUUGAUGACUCUGCUUCUGCCUCCCUUCAACACCCUCCAUCUCCAUCCCCUUUCUCCUUUUGUCACUCCUCCCAGACUGUCACCAUUACAUUCUGUCACUCAUCACCUCCUGCUCACAUGUCCUGGUUUCCUGCUCCAUUUCCAAAGUGUCACCAGAGUAAUACGAGAACGUCUCUGUGUUCUUUCUCUGCUCUCUGGUGACCUUGUUUCUAACCUCUACGUCCUUUUCUCUUCUUCUCUCUCUUUCCAACAGCAAAGAUGGCAAUGAGCGGCAUCCUCAACGCUGACGACAUCAAGAAAGCCCUGGGUGCAUUUGCAGGUAAAGCACUUGUCUUGUGUAAAUUAGGUGGUUUGGAUGCAGCCUGGUGGCACACUUUGGUUUGAUACAAAUACCACUGUUUUGAUGUUGCACACCAGAGGUACUUGUUCACAGAAUUAUCCCAUUAUAAUGAACAUACUAGUAUAAAUGAGACUGCUACAACAAGACCUCUACAGGCAAGGGUUGUUUUCUCUAGUGGCGAACAAGGGCGAAUGGUCUGUGCCACCCCGAUGGAUUAUCCUUUUGGGGAGUCCAGCUACCAGUCAAUGCCACGCUGCCAAGGACCAGAGUGCCUGUCCUUGGCUGUCCCUUGGUUCUCCAUCCACAAUGUCCCUUUGGGUUGUAGACCCACUAACCAAGGUCAUGAUAGUUUUUGAACUAUUAAGUAGUUUUUAUAUUUUGUUUUCAAAAUUUUCUUUUGUUUCCAAUUUUUAUUUGUUUUUUUUUUGUUGUUGUUUUUUUUACCCCUGUAAAACAUAGAUAUUGUGUUGAAAAAGCUUAAAACAUCAUUCAAUUAUGCAACCUGCCUUUUUAGAGACAAGUUUUAUGCAAAAUUAACCAAAUAGACAGUUUUACAGAGAAAAAAUCCAACAUGUGUUGGACAUCUUGGUUCUGCCUUCCACCAGUAUAUGGAUUUGAAGCCAAAAAACGUUUUUUCUCCAUUUCCUGAAACCAACAUUGCGCAGUAGCAUUGUACAUUUGGCGGAAGAGUCGCUGUGAUGAUGCUCGGCUAAAAAGCGUAUCCCCAGAGUGAGCUACUCAAUCUUCGUACGCCUCUAGGCUGUAUCAGGUGUCAAUCAUAGAAAACAUGAACCCCCAAAUAACCUUUAAAAACAAAGCUGUACCGAAAAAAGAGGACUUGAGCACAAACCAGUCUUACAAUAACUACAUGUCGACAUUGCAAGCAGGGGGAAGAAAAAUUUAUAUUCUGUGUAAUAACUUUCUAAAGUUUGUCCACAACUCCAUAAAGAUUUGAGGAGGUGGGAUUAAUGACCUAUAAUGCAGCCCGUCACCAGAGUGUGCUGUUCUUGGAGUGGCUUCACCCAGCGAGGAGGCAGACGGUGUCCAUUCUAUAUAGGGUCUAUGGUUAUGUUGCACUGCAACAGUUGGAUCCAUGCUGAACAGAGGUUUCUGUUGAGAGCAAAGUAGGUCUACAGUUAAAGACAGGGACAAAACUGGCAGGUAAAAGUAAAGAAAGUUCUCUAGUUCUCUCAGCACAUUGAUAGUCAGCAUGUGAACAAUUAUUAUUAUUUUUUUUAUAUUUUAAAAGGGACCAUGUACAAUACUGAACAUAAAUGUUACUAUUAGUGCAGAGUUAGCUUAGAGAUUAUUUACUGUAUAUUUGCAGGAGUCAUAUGGUCAAAUCUCCUGUGACGAGUUUUUGGACAUUACCGAAAGAAAGCCUUUUUAUGGUAUACAAAAUUUAAAAAAAGACCAACGGGGACAUGAUUGAUGAUAUUUACAGUAAAUCGUAUUUUUUUUUAUGCUCAUUCUGUCUUUAUUGUUUCCACAUAAAAUAUUCAGAAUGAUCUAUGCACUCAUCAGAAGACACUGUUGAAGCAUGUGGUAGACAUGAUAAUGAACCCAAGCUGAAAGUUCCUCACAGGAGGUUUAAAUAAAAUGUCACGAACAACAGGGGCAUCAAAAAAUAAAAGAAAAUUUGUAGAAACUGCUCGGGGGCGCCCCUGCUCUACUACACAUCAAGAAAGUGUUCACUCAUCUAUUAUUCAGUAAAACCAGAAACUUAAUUUUCUGAUUCGAUCUAAACUGACUCCUAAUCCAGGGAUGUAAUUAUUCAAUAAGAAGUUUUUGUUUUCAGCCUUCACAGUAUCACAACCUUGGGCUUUAUUUCACCGUUUUGGAAACAGACAGAAGCAAACACAACAUUAACUUCCACCUCACAGCUCAAUAAUUGUACAGAGAGUGCUACUUUCAGAUUGUUAUCAAAUAAUGACAAUAUUCUGGGGUUUUAUGUCUUUCCAAGGUGUAGGGUUGCUUCCACUGAUAAAAAAAAACAAACAUCAUUUUAGAAAAAACUGAGAAGCUACUGAAAUAGCUCCUCCUGCUUCAAAGCUGUAUAUCUCUGCUAUAUGAGGAUGUUCUUUCACAUACAUGUACACCUGUAUGUGACAUAUAUGUACAUGUACUUUUGCACAGACAGACCGAGGAGACAGAAAGAGCUCCAUGACCCAGAACUGACGGGGCCUCUGGCGAACACAUGUUCUCAAUAUUUAACCGCCGCCCUGUUAGAAGGCUGCCUCAUUACAAAUAGAUUUUUGCCUUUGGGUCUUAUCACUUGGCUUCACACAGGACGAACAAUUUAAAGUAACUUCUGGAAGAGUUUCAUCACACACUGUACAUCCAUUUGCGGCUUUGUUGGGAAGAUUAGGGCGUUUAAAAAGCUUGCAAACUUCUUAAAUGUUUGCCUCUUUGUAUUUGUGUUUGUGCAGCUCCUGACUCCUUCGACCAUAAGAAGUUUUUCGAGAUGGUCGGUCUGAAGGCCAAGUCUGCCGACGAUGUGAAGAAGGUCUUCACGGUGCUGGACGCCGACAACAGCGGCUAUAUAGAGGAGGAGGAACUCAAGUACGAUACACACUGAUAAAUACAACAACAACAAAAACUCUCUCUGCACAUUUAGCUUCUGUUUUCUCUGACGCAGAUUUGUUUUGUUUUUCUCUCUUUGUACAGAUAUGUUCUGAAGGGUUUCACCAAAGAUGGCAGGGACCUGACAGACAAAGAAACCAAAGAAUUUUUAAGAGCAGCCGACAAGGACGGAGACGGCAAGAUUGGAGUUGAUGGUAAACAUCACAUUCAAUCAGUUUGGGUGCUACAGAAUCACGUUAGCAGACAACAACAAUUCAAAGAGACGAAGCACAUGCACUCUCAUACUGCAGAGCAUGAUGAACCACACACUCAUCUUUUGAUGGAGUACAAAGGCUGCUGGUUCAUUUUAGUUUUGCUCAUUUUUAUUAACUUACAGAUCAGAUUUUGAUCUUGCACUGCACUGCUUUUUGUUGUUAGUUUGACUUUAUGUUAAAAAUAAAGUAUUCAUUGUUUAACAGAGAGAAACUUUAGCAACAUAGUGAUUCCAAAAAGAUGUAUAAUUAAUUUGCAUAUUUCACAUCUGGCCCAUUUCAAAAGCUGUGCAAAAAUCACUGGUAUUGUUGAGCUUCAUUUAUUGUUUGACUUAACCCAAAAUAAACAAAGACGGGAAUUGGCGCUUACCAUAAAAAGAAGUAAACAUGACGAUUGGGACAUCCUGUUUACUGCAGCUGCUCCACUUAAUGAACAGUUAUCACCACUCUCACUUUCAGUGGGCCAACGGGCUUUUCAGCUGCACUGAUGUUUUCACAGUAUUCAUCAGCAGCAGAGCAUAAACAAUGCUGCUUAACAUUCAUAUUACACCAUAGGAGAACUCUAUGAGACAGUUAGUUUGGCGUAUAUAUCAGAAUAAUGUGGCUGUGACUGUUGAAUGGUUUUAAAGGUGCAUGUUUUAGGGAGCUGUUCAGUCUCUGCUGGAUCUUAUUCCGACACACUGAUCCUCUAGCAACCUAAAUAAAAAAAGGAUUAUCGUCCUUUGCUUGUAGCCGUAAUUAUCUAUUCUUCAUACUUGUGGUGGCAAAUUUCCUCAGAUGUUAUUCUCUGGGUGUUAAAGUUAAAGCUGUGAUUAAAAGGGUUAUCUGUUUUUAAAAAGGUAAUAAACACAAAAACUCUAAUUAUUUAGCUACUUAAAGUCCCACUCCACUCGUUUUUUUUCUACUUAAAGUGUUCUCAGUGGUCUUUAAAUUGUGAUUACGAAGUUUUUGGCCAAAACCGUGUUACUUGUGUUGUGUUCAAGGGCUUUUCUUCUGCAGCGGUCCAAUAGAUCAUUAGCAAUUCGAGUUGUGUGCGGAGACAGCGCUGCUCUGCACACUCUUCUUCACGUUAGCUUGCAGCCUAACAUUGCCUGUGCAGCAGAAGUAGCAGGUAACAUAGGAGCUAUUCACUCCUGAGACACUAUUGGGCCUACAAAAGUUUUGCGUGUACAAAAACACGUGCAAACUUGAUAGCGCGUGCAAACCUGAUCUACUAACCAGGUGCAUGGUUAGCAUGUUUGCCUUCAUGAAUACCCAAAAUGUAUGUAGAUCAUCAGAACAUGCAAAAUUCUGGGAGGUGCAGAUGCAAAUGAAAUCAUUUAGCACCCACAAUGGGAUUUAUCAAACCUAGAAACCGAUUGCGGUCGCUGUUUGAAAAGCACGUGCAAACUGGAGCAGCGUUACGCACGGUCACUGUGGGGAGAAGGAUGCAGAAGUGUCAUGAUACACGCCAUGAUUCUUGUCCAAAAGCUUGUGAUUUUUUUCGUUUUUCCAGUAAAUUAUGAUUUUCAUGAAUAAUAAGGUCAAACAAGAAACAGACGAAAAAAAUUAUCUGUUUGUCUUAUUGAUUUUAAAUCGUUUUAAUCCCUUUUUUGAUUUCUAGUAGAUCUUCUUGCAUCUGUAAAGCACUUUGAAUUGUCUUAUGUAUGAAUUGUGCUAUACUUGCCUUGCCUUUUAUAUAGUUCCCCAAAACCAUAUGUGCAACUCCAUGGCUUCAAACACUCUGCUCUCACAAACUCUCCAUGGUGACAGCCGAUAGCGCAAGCAAAAUCCCCGUUUAAAGAGGGCUGUCCGCUACCAAUUGCACACGCAAUGAUGGUAGAUCACCCGCAACACGCCCACAAAUAACACGUGCAAUAUUUUAGUUUGCACAUGCAAUUUAGCGUUUACAAUUUUGGAUCUUAGUAGAUCAGGCCCUAUUGUAUUUAGGGGCACGAUGAAAGCUGAUCAAAAAUCUCUUAUGAGCAUUGUAAUCCCCUAACACACACGCUUGUUCCGCGAUCAUCCUCUGUAUUUCUCCUCUAUAUGAUCAGCAUCAGAAAAAUGCCAUGUGAUCAUGUAUAAAACAAGAAAAACAUGAUUUUCAUUAGAGUGGGUCUUUAAAAGUUGAUCACCAGCUAAAAGGACAAGAAUUGAUGAAUGCCUUGAUGUAACAGCAUUCAAGCGUCACAGUACAAUAAUAACUUUACUUUGCUAAACAAUCCAACAAGCUGUAAUAUAAAAAAGACUUUCCAACUGGAUAUUCCUUGACCUUUUGUCAUAUUUCUACUCUGAGCUGCUUUUUUAUUGAGGUUUUGUUGUGAAGUGAGGUGGUUUCAUACAUAAAAUGACUCUUGCCCUGUGUGUAAGGGUCAGACAUCAAAUAACUCCAAGCUUACAUGACUGAUGGAGAUACAAAGAAACAGGAAAAGCCUUUUUUAAAGUCAGCUAAAUGCUAAUAGAAGCAGCUGUGUGUUGAUGACUGAUAAGUAACUGAUGUUUUAACUUGAUAUAUGCCAAAUGAUUUCAGUUUUUGAAACACUUUGAGCAUUGUGAUUUGAGAAUACAUUGCACACACUUGGGCAUAUUUGUGCUCAAACAUUCAAAGUCAUGUGUAUCUAUUCAUUUAUUCACUAACUUACUUCUUUUCUCGUCUCCUUUCUCGCAGAAUUCACCACUCUGGUGAAGGAAUGA